AUGUUCAGGUGAGUACAGCCCACUUGCUUUUAUUUAUAUAUUUGGGAGUCCUAGGCCAACUCCUUGGUUUUGCACCCCUCCCUGUUACAGGUGCCUCAUUCCAGGACCCUAUUUAGCCUUGACCUGCAGAGAGUCCCAGUAAGGACGUAUUUCCCAAGUAAGUGGAUUAAUCUCAUAAGAGCAAGCAUUAGGCUGUUAGUGUAGGACCUGCCAAAGAUGGGGUACAUUGACUUUGUGGCAGGCUUAUGCAAUGUAUGAUCAUAUAAUGUAACUAAACCCCCAUUAUUUUUUGCCUAGGUGAGGUGUUUUUAAAUAAAACUAUUACAAUCUGUAAGAUAUGAAAUAAUUGUUUAGUGAAUAAGCGAGUGGAUUGUGUAUUUUGUAUAUUUUGGCCCCAGCAGCACCCUGUAAUGUAUUCAUGUUCAGGUGAGUGCAGCCCUCUAGGUUUCAUAUAUAUAUAAUGUAUAUAAUGUCAUACUAAGUGUAUUUUUUAUUUUUUAUUAACAUAUACAUAUAUUAAUAUAAAAAUACACUUAGAGUAAAAUUACACAGGUGUAUAUAUAAUAACUAUGUAUAUUGUUUAUAUAUAUAUUAUUAUAAAAAGUAAAUAAUAAUUAAUAAAUGUAAAAUUAAUAAAAUAGAAAAAAUUUAUAAAAAUAUAUAUGUGUAAUUUUAUUCUAACUGUAUUUGGAUAUUAAUAUAUAUAUUUAUAUCAAAAUACACUUAGAAUGAAAAUAUAUAUAUAUCUAUGUAUAUAUAAAUAAAAAUAAUAUGAAAUAUAUAUAUAUAUAUAUAUCCAUAUAAAUAAUUACAUAAUUUCAUAAAUAUACUAAAUUCUACGUGCAUAUUUAUGUAAUAUUUUUACAUAAUUAAGUAAUUUUAUUGAUUGCAAUUUGGGGGACCUGCCUGACAACCCAGGCCGAAAGUCCCGACUAUUUAAUUUGCUAACACUGUGUUUAGCCCUGUAACUUUCUAUGACACCCUAAAACCUGUACAUUUGGGGUACUGUUUUACUGGGGAGACUUCGCUGAACACAAAUAUUAGUGAUUCAAAACAGUAAAAUAUAUCACAGCGAUGAUAUUGUCAGUGAAAGUGAGGUUAUUUGAAUUUUUCACACACAAACGGCACUUGCACUGAUGAUAUCAUUGUUUUGAUACAUUUUACUGUUUUAAAACACUAAUAUUUGUGUUCAGCGAGGUCUCCCAAGUACCCCCAUGUACAGGUUUUACAGUGUUUUUGAAAGUUACAGGGUCAAAUAUAAGGCUUGAUUUUCCGUUUUUUCACAUUGAAAAUUGACAGACUGGUUAUGUUUCCUUUGAGAGCGUAUGGUAGCCCAGGAAUUACCCCCAUGAUGGCAUAUGGGGUAUGUUCAGUCUUUUUUAGUAGCCACUUAGUCACAAACACUGGCCAAAGUUAGCGUUCAUAAAUGUUUUUUGCAUUUUUCCUAAAUUAUGCAAACAAAUAUAAAUGCUAACUUUGGCCAGUGUUUGUGACUAAGUGGCUUCUAAAAAGACUGGACAUACCCCAUAUUGAAUACCCUGGGUUGUGUACUUUAAAAAAAUAUGUAAAUGUGAGGUCAUACUUGUACUUAUAGCCCUAUAAUUUGCACAAAAAAAAUCUAAGAACAUGUUAAUAUUGGGCAUUUCUCAACUCAGGACAAAAUUUAGAAACUAUUUGGCACGGAUGUUUUUUGGCGGUUGUAGGUGCGUAACAGAUUUUGGGGUCAAAGUUAGAAAAAGUGUGUUUUUUUUCAUCAUAUUUUUAUUUUUAUAUUAAAUUAUAUGAUAUGAUGAAAACAAUGGUAUCUUUAGAAAGACCAUUUAAUGGCGAGAGAAACGUUUUAUAAUAUGUGUGGGUACAGUAAAUAGGUAAGUGGAAAAUUACAGCUAAACACAAACACUGCAGAAAUGUAAACACAGCCCUGGUCCUUAACUGUGAGAAAAUUGAAAAACGGGCUGGUCACUAAGGGGUUAAGGACUACUAGAUCAAGAAAUUUUACUUGUGGGGUAACAAUUUGGUAAUUUAAUGUUAAGUUGGUUAGGUUGAAUCAAUAUUCUAAAUGCCUCCGCCCUCAAUAUAUGAAUCUAUCUUUAUCUCAAAAUGUUACCUUUAAAAAUGUCAGAAAGCUGGAUAGAACUAUUCCAAAGGAGUUCCAGAAACCCUGUGUCUGUUUGGAGUGUUUGGAGGUAAUAGGGCAAAGCCAGGGAGGUGUCAGCUUUCCCAACAUUAAGAAACAUUAUGAAGCUAUUCUAUCAUGCUCACCUUCUAAGUGGAAAAUAAAUAAUGAAAACAAGAUUUUGGGGCCGGGGCCUGACUGCCACACCGAAUCGUAUCACCGAACGACCAGCAGCACAUGGAAUGAGCUCCAGGCAAAAGCUCCAAAUCUAGCAAAAUACCAGACUUUACACUCGAGAAAAACUGGGGACGCUCUACAUACCCUAGAGAAGAAUUUUGGAGCAAUUCGCUGCCCGAUUGACAGUCUUACCCAGACAUUUCUCUCACUCACCCCGGAGGCUCCAGCGAAGACUAGUGAAAUCUGGGGGGCAUGAGAGACGGCCGCUCUCCUGAGACGUGAAACCUGAGACGUGGCUGCCUCACAAGCUCCUUGCUUCGGAAGGGUCCAGCCCUCUGGACCGGUGGGGGUUAUCCCGUUUCCCACAGGCCCGACACACCUGUGCUAGCUCCUGCUGACCCCUGCCCAUGUCGUACCUCUCUUACAAGACAUGGCACUCACUCAGACUGGAGUGGGCCUCUCUCGGGCAAAGCCUCCCACCAAGUCAGUUGCCACUACUGCACGCCUACCUAGGCUGAAGCCACCAAUGGGGAUUCACCCCAAAGCAUUGACCGCUGUGGCAGGACCUCUGCCUGGCUGUGAAUUGCCCUUUCCUAUGUGUGGAUGUGCUCUCCUGGAAUGUAUGUUUUCCCUUGUUAAUUUCCCCCUCUCUGUAAUUUUCACAUUGAAUCCUGCAAAUUGCUUUUUAACCACAAAGGGGCACUCCUGCGCACUGAGCCCCAUGCGCCGGACCACCCCGAUACUCCAAUUAGAACGUGUGGUUAGAACGUUGACACCUCACUAACGUGGUGUGAAAACCACAGACGGCAAGGGAAACAAGUGGCGCGUGCUUCCCCUGGGUGGUCGCCGGUUCAUAUCACCGGACACCAAAUAGGGGGAACAUUUGCAUCCCGAACCGGCCUGCGCACCCUGUCUUCAAUUGGAUCAUCCUACCGCUCCCAACAGAGCUAUAAUCACUAUUUGCACCCCUACAUGGGAGCUACAAGGCAAGGCUUGUGGUUGCCCAGGAAAGUGCUCUCUCAGGUGGAUCCCAGCAUAGGGUUAUCCACCCGAGAGAGGGAUGCACACCAUCGACCAAUGGGAGAAGGAGCACACAUUCAAACUGGGUUUCUAUGUUCGGCCUGAGGGUGCACUGAUUGGUCGCUGCAAGGAGCUGGCGACGGAUCGGAGCGGGAGCACCCGUUCAAACAGGGUUUUGUGCCCUUUUUCCCGAUUGGCCGACGAAACACCUCCCCUCCCUUAGCGGUGAUUGGCGCAAAUUGGUUUUGUGCCUUUCAGUGGAUUGGCUGUUUGGUUUGGGCGCUAAGUUUGAAUUCACCGGACCAAACCAAGCAACGCUGUGGAAUUGAUUUCGGGGAUUUACAGAGCCACCAGCCCCAAACUGCAAACUUUAGACGCUGCUGUCUCGGACUCUGUACACCCGAUAGCUCGAAAUUUGCAGUGAUCCCAAAUGGGACCCAGGGCUGUCUAACAAUAUAUGUUUUACCUGUGUGACCCCUUCCCUCCCCAGGAUGCCGAUCCCCGAAGUUUACCCCCCUGUAUGGAAUGUGUUGGCAUGUGUGUCCCUGUGUGCUAAUGGUAUCUCCCAGAGCGGGAGAUGGUUAUCUGCAAGCCAGCCCCCUCCUGCCUGGGAUUGUGUUGUAUGAGAUGGAGACCCCCUGAGGGGUGUGUCCAAAUAAAGAUUGUCAAAAGUUGUACCCCUGGAACUGUGUUGUCCAGUUACUGGGGGGGAAAUAGGUCUCUUAAUACAUUAAUAGCGGGAGUAACCAGCCGGGCUACCCAGGCCCUGCUACAAUUGGUGGCAAGCAGUGGGAUGCCAUGUCCCUACCAACAAACCCAAUGUUACUUGUGUGAAGCCAGAGGGAUAAUGCCUGGCGGUCGUAAUAAAGCCAAAUUGACUGCUGCGCUCAUGGAAGAUGAACUACUCCUCAGCCGGGGACCGGAGAAGAGAAAGAAGUGCGCAAGGAGGUGGACCGGCGCCUGACAUUUUACAGAGAGCUACCCUCAGAGGAGACCGUCAAUAGGAUUUUUUCUGAGGUACAAGCCUAUGUCCUUGCCAAGAGAAAGGGAGCAACCCCCCCAGCCCCAAUUAGGGAUGUGCAUGGGCAAAAUAUUCGGUUCGGUUCAGCAUUCCGAAAUUUGGGACUUCAAUACUUCAGUUCGACACUUCAACACUUCGGGACUUCAGAUAUGUUCUCUUGCAGCCGCUUAGUAGAUAACUCCCUAAUUCCCACGGUAUUAGGGAGCUAUCUACCAAAAGGCUGGAAGACCUAAAUUGGUCUUUCAGUCAAAUGUACUAAUACUAAGUAAAGAUUAAGGGGCAUAUCUGUAACGGACCGUUUUGCACAAAAGGGGUAAAAAGGGGUUAACAGCCGUUUAGGAGAUCUUCCCCUUCCAGAUAUGCAGGCACAGCUACUGCAGAACACCAAUCCGCCGAACAGGAAACCAUACGAAUGCUGUAACCAGCCGAAUAGGAAAAACCAUUUGAAUAGGUUUACACUCCUAGCAGUCGAACUGGAACAGCAUACAAUAAAUCCCCCCAAGAACGAGACAAGGCUCCAUGUUGCGGGUCAAGCAGUGGUCUGUUUAAUGAGGGCUACCUGUCCAGUAUUUAUGCAGGUCUCCCACCUGGUGGACACUUCCCUAGGGGACCAAAUGGGAGACUGUGAUAAGGGACCGACAAGCAGACAAAUAGGACACACAGUCACAGUAUAUUCCCACAAUGCAUCCUGGCUUCCUCCCCUCUGCCCUGGGAGAUAAUUGAGAAGUAAUUCAAUUAUCUCCCAAGACAAAGGCAAAUCUCCAUUAUGCACAUGGGGAUACUAAAACAAGCAUUACUGUUAAAAUACACCAGGUAAGACACAUUACAUUAAAACUAUACAUUUAACAUAUCCCCAGAUAGCUCAGGUCUGAGCGCACAUUAUUAAGCGAAUGGCGCUCAGACCACACUAAUACAGUUUAAUCGCCAUGGAGCUAAAGUCUUUACACAGUCAGUUUCAUGCGAAUGGGCUCCAUGGGAUUCCUAUCUGGGGUAUAACACAUUCAAACAAAACUACCGAACACCGGGCCGUUCGUGCACUUCCACCGAACAAGAAGGGAGGUCGGCGGCUUCAGCGGUGUUCGCGCAAAACUGUGUCCGAUUUUAGUACCAUGAAAAUAGAGACGAACACCGCUGUGCAUUCGUAUGUUUAAAAUGGCCGCGAUCUCGUGUUCGGGAUACGAAUGGCGGCCACCCAGCAUUCGUCAAUUAAGCUGCGGUUAACCGCAGCUUCAGGGAGGUUAAUUGCCGCCACACUUCAGCUCCCAGGUGGUCUAUUCAUUCGUGCGGUUGUUCGGUAGAUUGAAUCUACCGAACAACCGGCAGAAAAGCACGAAUAUAGCUUUUCUGCAGGCGAAACAAAGUCUUUUAACAGGGGGCCAUAGUCCAGAGGCAGCAGGCGAGCAACCAGGCUUCCCCAAUGCAAUGUGGUGAGAUUGGUCUUGUCACAAUAUCUAUUAAACAGUUCACUGAAACACCCCCCCUAAGUGUCCCCCCCUCCCGAGCCCCGACCUGUGCCCUGAGCGGCAGGUGGGGGCCCUAAAUUAUAAUAAGGGAGGGGACCUAUUGUCCUCCCCCCUGAGUGGCGGGUGGGGGCCACUGGCACUGGCCCUGGCCUCCAGGCAUGUUCACCAGUGUGGCCACAUUUUGCCAGCCUAUUUUCCUAGGGGCCCCCCCGAGGCUGGCAGUGGCUUCACUUUGCCGGCUGGCAGGCGCGCAAGGGAGCACUCUCCCCCUCGCGCGCACUGCACUGAUGUUGGAGCCGGAAGAUGACGUCAUUCCGGCUCCUGCAUCUGCUGGGCAGAGAGCGCUCAGGGGAGAGUGCUCCCUCACCGCCUGCAGGACCGGCCACCAGGCAGCCCCACUGGUCCCCAGGGAAUCCCCUCAGCACUUCCAAAGGUAAGGAGGCUGGGGGAUUAAAUAAAAAAAAUAUAUAUAUGUGUGUCAGUGAGUGUGUUACUGUGUGUGUGUCUGUUAAUGAGUGUGUUAGUUUGUGUGUGUUAGUGAGUGUGUUACUGUGUGUGUGUGUCUGUUAAUGAGUGUGUUAGUUUGUGUGUGUCAGUGAGUGUGUUACUGUGUGUGUGUUAGUUUGUGUGUGUCUGCUAGUGAGUGUCAGUAAGUGUGUUAGUGAGUGUUACUGUGUGUGUGUCACUGAGUGUGUUAGUUUGUGUGUCUGUUAUUGAGUGUGUGUCUGCUAGUGAGUGUCAGUAAGUGUGUUAGUGAGUGUUACUGUGUGUGUGUCACUGAGUGUGUUAGUUUGUGUGUCUGUUAUUGAGUGUGUGUCUGCUAGUGAGUGUCAGUAAGUGUGUUAGUGAGUGUUACUGUGUGUGUGUCACUGAGUGUGUUAGUUUGUGUGUCUGUUAUUGAGUGUGUGUCUGCUAGUGAGUGUCAGUAAGUGUGUUAGUGAGUGUUACUGUGUGUGUGUCACUGAGUGUGUUAGUUUGUGUGUCUGUUAUUGAGUGUGUGUCUGCUAGUGAGUGCCAGUGUGUGUGUGUUACUGUAUGUGUCUGUUACUGAGUGUGUUAGGUUGUGUGUUACCUGGGGGGGUAACAUUUAUUUAGGGCCCCACCUGCUGCUCAGGGGUGGGAGCCAGGGGACACACAAUGGGUUUCCCCCUGUUACGCUACAUGGGUGAUUUGGAUUGGAACUAAGCUUGUAAAACUCCCUAAUUACAAUAGUGAAGAAACUGAGAAUUUUUAGAAUAUUAAUACUGUAGCUUUAAAAAAAGAGGGAAUUGCUGGUAACUUGAUUCAAACGAAGUUUUAAUAAGUGUUAAACUUAAAUGAAUUGCAUUUAGGCAAUAAUCCAAUAAGAGGAAGUGCAAGUAAUCAACACACAAACGUUCAUUAAUAAGUAUUUCCUCAGAGAUGCAUUAAGUAACAUUCUUUAGGUUAAUGAAAAUAAUCUUCAAUAGUAACUUUAAGCAAGUAGCUGAGAAUAUUUGCAAAGCAGGAACAGUUCAUAGUGAAUAAGCAUGAUGGGAGUUGUCCUCCAUAUAAUUAGUAACUUGAAGCAAUGAAGAUUUAGUAAGCAAGCAUUAGUUCAUUAUUAAAUGAUAUUGUAGACAAAUAGCUGAAAGUUAUACUUAAGGUUAAUGUGAGUAGUCCUCCAAUAGUUCAGAGAUAUGGUCCACUUGUAAAGUAAGUGAGUUUCCGUUCUCCAGUAAUCCUCUAUGGCGUAAAGUAUACUUGUCUUAGUCCAGAAGGCUAGGACGACUUCAGAGCUUGUAGAGCCGGCGUGUACCAGGAGCCGGCGUGCAUACUCGGAAGUAGGACCCACAGAGCCUGUGGAGAGGUAAGUCUGGCGGAAGAAGCUCCCAGUAUCACCAAGCCCCCUCUCUCUGGCGCGGGCUUCCUAAAUACCAUCAGAGCCGCGUCAGAGGGGGGCAGAGUCCGGCACCGCACAGCGGAGUGCCGAACCCGGAAGUGUUACCGCAUGACACCCCCAUUGUCACCCAGGGCCCCUACCCGCCCCUCAGGAAAGGGGGCUGGGGGGGCAAUAGGUCCCCCCCUUCAGUUUAAAAGCCUCCACUCGCGUGGCACGGGUGGAGGCUCAGGAGGGGGGACACUUGGGGGAAGGGGUGUUUAAGCAGUGACACUUUGGAAAUUCAGGUAUCUGAAUGUCCAAAUUGCCCGAAAUUCGCCAAAUUGACAUUCGGAACAAAACGAAUUGCACAUGUCUAGACCCACAAACUACCGUACAAUGCCUUCAAAGAAUUCAAGGAAGCAGAAGGCAUUGAUGGCUUCCUACAAGAUUUUGAGUGGCAGUGCCUCCUACAAGCAGUCGACCCCACCCACUGGGUCCCCAUCCUGGCCAUCAAAUUAGUGGGGAAGGUGGCAGAAGCCUAUCGGGCUGUACCAGAGGACCAGAUUUGGGACUAUCCCUUUAUCAAACAGAUCCUCCUGGCCAGGUAUGCUGUCACCCCCAAGCAAUACUGCCGAAAGUUCAGAGAGACCAGGAAAGGGAAGAAGGACUCCCAUGCGGAGUGGGCAUGCCACAUCACAAGGGCCACCCAGAACUGGCUAAACUUCCAGCAAGCCAAGUCCUCUGAAGAGAUCACCCAGCACUUCAUGCUGGAACAUUUUUAUAAUGGUUUCCCCAACGAAGUACGAUAAUGGGUGAGUGAGCUCAGUGGGCUGAUGAAUAUUUUGACAUCCGGCUGCCCCUGUUUCCCACCCACCACCCAUCCGACCUCUGUUCCAGCCCAACCCUGUUGCCCCAGCCCCCCUUCAUGGACUCCCAGUCCGAGCACCCUCACAGCGAAUCUACCUCAAGGCGGAACGGCGCUGCUUCCAAUGCAACCAGCCUGGCCACAUCAAAAUGAACUAUCCUUAAAACUGGGGCAAACCACAAUGGGUCACUCCCGUAGUCCCUGCCAACCCACGAGCAGCAGUUCUCUGCUACCACGAUGACCACACAUAGUUCCAGAACCCAGACGAGGAGGCCUGGACCAUCCUACAAGAGGCAAGCCCCGUCUAGGCGCACCAUGAUAACUGAGACCACCACAGACAGGCAGUGCGGCCUAAUGGGCGCAAGAUCCAGGGACUUCGAGACACCGGAGCCCCGCUAACCCUAGUGCACCCACAGCUUGUCCCGGAGGAAGAAAAGACAGGGGGUACCGUGGCUGUUUGAGUGGCUGGAGGGAACAUCCACUAUUUACCUACUGCCCAUGUCCACCUGGAUUGGGGCGCAGAGUCCAGAGAAUCAAAGUGGAUCUUGCUCAGUUAAUGUGAGUUAUAGGAGGUGUGGGGAGCUGCAGUGAGUAUAGUAAGUAGUGUAUGUUAUAGGAAGUGAGGGGAAUAAAGUAAUGAAGAUAAAAUAAUUGUUGAAUAGUAAGACAGAUGAUGUUAUUACUCACGGAGGAAUUUCACGGCCAGUGACCCCAAAUAGGAGAUGGGAUUUAAAGGACCACUCUAGGUACCCAGACCACUUUAGCUUAACGAAGUGGUCUGGGUGCCAGGUCCCUCUAGGAUUAACCCUUUUUUUUAUAAACAUAGCAGUUUCAGAGAAACUGCUAUGUUUAUAAAUGGGUUAAUCCAGCCUCUAAAUCCUCUAGUGGCUGUCUCAUUGACAGCCGCUAGAGGCGCUUGCGUGCUUCUCGCUGUGAAAAUCACAGUAAGAAGACGCAAGCGUCCAUUGUAAAUGCUUUCCUAUGAGACCAGCUGAAUGCGCGCCAUCCAGCCCGGCGGGAGGGGGACCCUGAGGGUGGGGGCACCCUCAGGGCACUAUAGUGCCAGGAAAACGAGUAUGUUUUCCUGGCACUAUAGUGGUCCUUUAAAUAUAUGUAGGAUCUGCCAAGUCAUAUGUGAAGUGCAGGUGUUGUGUUUACUUUUUGUGACUUAAUUAUUCAUAACUCGUGAUUGUUUAGAAAUGAUUGACAAUCCGUUUAGGAGAGCCCUGUGCUGAAUUUAAAAGGGAGACAUAACAUCCCAGGAUUUUUGGUAUUAUUUUUACUUAUCCUCUACAUUUAACAAAUACUUUGUGAGGUAUGAAAAAUAAAAUGUAACUUAGAAACACUACCGUUUUUACCUCUACCCUGGAACCAACGAACUGUAUGUCAAUAAUUGUUCUGAACUCUGCCCUUUGCACCUGGCAAAGUGGCAGAACCUACCGACAAUUUUGUCUGUUUUACCCCAUAUUUUUUCCUUUUUCCGUUAUUGUAUACGAACCUCCUCAAUUCGUCUCCUGAAUGAGGACCACCCCUGUAACCCAUUAGAAUGUUGACACUAAUCACUUAUGCGAAACCGCAAGGGAAGUAAUUAAUGGAUGCUUCCAUUGGGUGGCCGCCAUUUCAUAUAACCAAAUGCACGUGGUCGACAAAAGAAUGGUGGCCAUUUUGUCUUUGGAACGUCGGCAGCAGCAUUUGGUCGCCAAGUGCCUGGAACUCUUUUCGGCUAGUCACUUACACAAACCCCAAUAAAAAUUAGACUGAUGCCUGUUCUACUUCCCGACCAACUAUGCGAACGACUUUUGGGAUAUAUGAACUACCGAACAGGGAGAGCAUUUGUACCUUGAACUGAAGAGAAUCCCUUGCAUGGUGUUCGCACAGGAACCCCCGAACAGUGACCAGCCAGGACACCUAUUUCCCUGGAACUGUUUUGGGCUAGUGCCUCGUGUCUGGCUGGUUAAAACUUUACCUCGAUGGCAUUCCCAUUUCACCGAACUGAUCUGAGUGAUAUCUGGAUAUGUUAUACACUCAGAUCAGGGCUAUCUAGGGAUAUAACGUUUGUGGGGUUCCAUAUUAUGGUGGGGGCACUUUUGGGGUACUGUAUAUUUCGUGUAGAUUUUCUGUACCUGAGAGAUAAUUAAAUUAUGGGGGGUUUUCUCAUGCAAUUAUCUCUAAGGCACAAAGGAUCCUGGGAAUUAAACCCCUGUAUUAUUGUAUUGUAGGGGUCUGUGCAUAAAAGCUGUGUGUGGUCAGAAAUAAAUGAGUUGACUCUCAGAACGAUGUUUCGUUCGGUAACUAGGUGAAUGGAUGUCUGCUUGUGUUAAUGGUUCCAGUCUGGCUGAGAGAAGGAAUUAGCAGAGGUAAUCAGUCGGGUUACCCAUGGUCCGCUACAUGGACAUUAAAGGACCACUAUAGGCACCCAGACCACUUCAGCUUAAUGAAGUGAGAAUGCUUUUCUAUGGACUGGCUGAAUGCGCACGCAGCUCUUGCCGCGCAUGCGCAUUCAGUCAGGGACAUCAGAAGAGGGAGGAGAGACCCCGUGCCGAGGGAGCACGGCGCUGGAAAAAAGGUAAGAGAUUAACCCCUUCCUCCCCCUCCAGCGCCACGGAAGUGGGACCCUGAGGGAGGGGGCACCCUCAGGGCACUAUAGUGCCAGGAAAACGAGUAUGUUUUCCUGGCACUAUAGUAGUCCUUUAAGCUGACAUUAUUUUUAUACUAUGUUACCAUAUUCAGUAACCUUUCUUUACAAAUACCUAUAAGUAUAAUAAGGUAUUUGACCAUUUUUAAAAAUCUUUUUUGUCACAUCUACAGUAUGAGAAAAUAAUUGUAUUUUGCUUUACUACUAACAUCUCAGUACCUGUAGGAAAUAUUGCAUUAUGACUGCCUGUAACUAUGUGUGUAAUGCAGAUUACGGGACGGCGCACACAUAAAAAUACAUGUCUAAAUUCUAUAAGGCUACUUAAAAUCACCUAUCUGCUCAAUGUAAAUGGUAAAUUACUGUCCAAUACCUCCUCAAAUAUAUACCUGUGGCUGUGGUCACCUCCAAAGGGACAUCUGAAGCUGGGGGGGCUGGACCGGGUGCUCAACCCAAAAGGCAUCGGGUCAGGAUUUGAAACUUACAUAGUAAAAACAAAAAGGAAUUAUACAUUAUAAUACAGAUUUACAUUUUUUUAAAUCCCCUGUCUCAGCAAAGAAAUAUGUGGAUUCAGUGCCACCUUUCUGUAACUGUGUGUGUGUGUGUGACUGUCGGCCUCUCUGCUAUGAUUGUGUGUAUGACUCUCGUUCUGUAAGUGUGUGUGCCUGCAUGUGGCUGCCUGUAACUCUGUGUGUGACUGUAUUUGAUUGUAUAAAUGUUUGCAUCAGACCACGUGUCUGCCUGUGGGACUAUGUGCAUGUGACACUGCACACAUAUCACACACAGUCAAUACACCGUUAACAAAUAUCACACACAGAGACGGAGGUGCAGACCAGAUUCCCAGCACAGUGAGCCAUCAGAGAUUAGCAUUACCUCUCACUGCAAGGUAACAAUAAUAAUUAUUAAUUUAAUAAAGCCCCUAUACAAACACUACACCCACUAUACAUAUAUGAGCGGGUGUGAUCGGAGGGGGCACUGUGAACAUUUUUCACACAGGGCGCCUAAAGGCCUAAGACCGGCCCUGAUUGCUAGAUAUAGGACACUGUAUACUGUCUAAAGCUGUCCAUCCCACCGAAAAUUCUAAAUAAGAUCAACCAAUAAAUGAAAAAUAGAAAUUGUGUAUUUUAUUUAUCUGAAAAGUAAUCUGUUACACAAAGUCGCUGUUUUGUUUAUUUUACGUGCCAGCUAUUGUUGCCAGUUUUAAAUAAAUUAUAUAAUAUAUUUUCCAAGCCAGAAGUGCUUGGCUGUGAAGGGGUUAAUUGUUUUUGUAGGCUAACCCAUACAUUUUCUGUAGGCUAAGACCCCAUACGCUAGAAAACAAGGUUCCUGAUUGGUGGAGCCUCUUCCGCUUAGAACAGCAGCAGGAACUGUACAUGGGAAAAUCUCUUUUUACGCACAUUAUAAUGAAGCAUCGCUUUAAGAACAAGAAUUUAAUUUGCAGAUAAAUGUCAAGGAUUUUAACUCCUCCAUCUCCGGACGCCUUUUUCAAUGAAGUUGACAUUGUUUGUGGUUCAGUGACCAUGGAACGUAGUGGCAAACAUAAACUCUGCUUGUUGGCCACAAAGUGGGACUCGGUAGUUAUAUGAGAGGUUGGGGGAGGGGAGGCUGGAUUUAACCACUGACAGGUUAUAUGAGGUGUAUAGAUCUCAUAGUCUGAUCUGGGAGAGGAAUCGUCUAAUGGGGACAUUUUGCAGUUUUUAAUAUUAUACACAGGAUUUAUAUUGUACAUGUUUAACUUCAAUGGGGACUUGGCUAAUGCAAUCCAAUAGAAGCAGUAAUGGCUAACAGUGAUAUAGAAAGGGUAGUAGAUACCUGGAAUAGCCUUCCAGUGGAAGCAGUAACAGUGAUAUAGAAAGGGUAGUGGAUACCUGGAAUAGCCUUCCAGUGAGACAGUGAUAUAGAAAGGGUAGUAGAUACCUGGAAUAGCCUUCCAAUGGGAGCAGUAACAGUGAUAUAGAAAGUGUAGUAGAUACCUGGAAUAGCCUUCCAGUGGGAGCAGUAACAGUGAUACAGAAAGGGUAGUAGAUACCUGGAAUAGCCUUCCAGUGGGAGCAGUAACAGUGAUACAGAAAGGGUAGUAGAUACCUGGAAUAGCCUUCCAGUGGGAGCAGUAACAGUGAUACAGAAAGGGUAGUAGAUACCUGGAAUAGCCUUCCAGUGGGAGCAGUAACAGUGAUAUAGAAAGGGUAGUAGAUACCUGGAAUGGUCUUCCAGUGGGAGCAGUAACAGCGAUAUAGAAAGGGUAGUAGAUACCUGGAAUAGCCUUCCAGUGGGAGCAGUAACAGCGAUAUAGAAAGGGUAGUAGAUACCUGGAAUAGCCUUCCAGUGGGAGCAGUAACAGCGAUAUAGAAAGGGUAGUAGAUACCUAGAAUAGCCUUCCAGUGGGAUCAGUAACAGUGACAUAGAAAGGGUAGUAGAUACCUGAAAUAGCCUUCCAGUGGGAGCAAUAACAGUGAUAUAGAAAGGGUAGUAGAUACCAGGAAUAACCUUCCAGUGGGAGCAGUAACAGUGAUAUAGAAAGGGUAGUAGAUACCUGGAAUAGCCUUCCAGUGGGAGCAGUAACAGUGAUAUAGAAAGGGUAGUAGAUACCUGGAAUAACCUUCCAGUGGGAGCAGUAACAGUGAUAUAGAAAGGGUAGUAGAUACCUGGAAUAGCCUUCCAGUGGGAGCAGUAACAGUGAUAUAGAAAGGGUAGUAGAUACCUGGAAUAGCCUUCCAGUGGGAGCAGUAACAGUGAUAUAGAAAGGGUAGUAGAUACCUGGCAUAGCCUUCCAGUGGAGAGGUAACAGUGAUAUAGAAAGGGUAGUAGAUACCUGGAAUAGCCUUCCAGUGGGAGCAGUAACAGCGAUAUAGAAAGGGUAGUAGAUACCUGGCAUAGCCUUCCAGUGGAGAGGUAACAGCGAUAUAGAAAGGGUAGUAGAUACCUGGAAUAGCCUUCCAGUGGGAGCAGUAACAGCGAUAUAGAAAGGGUAGUAGAUACCUGGAAUAGCCACCCAGUGGGAGCAGUAACAGUGAUAUAGAAAGGGUAGUAGAUACCUGGAAUAGCCACCCAGUGGUAGCAGUAACAGUGAUAUAGAAAGGGUAGUAGAUACCUGGAAUAGCCUUCCAGUGGGAGCAGUAACAGCAAUAUAGAAAGGGUAGUAGAUACCUGGAACAGCCUUCCAGUGGGAGCAGUAACAGCGAUAUAGAAAGGGUAGUAGAUACCUGGAACAGCCUUCCAGUGGGACCAGCAACAGGGUUAUAGAAAGGGUAGUAGAUACCUGGAAUAGCCUUCCAGUGGAAGCAGUACCAGUGAUAUAGAAAUGGUAGUAGACACCUGGAAUAGCCUUCCAGUGGAAGCAGUAACAGUGAUAUAGAAAGGGUAGUAGAUACCUGGAAUAGCCUUCCAGUGGGAGCAGUAACAGCGAUAUAGAAAGGGUAGUAGAUACCUGGAACAGCCUUCCAGUGGGAGCAGUAACAGUGAUAUAGAAAGGGUAGUAGACACCUGGAACAGCCUUCCAGUGGGAGCAGUAACAGUGAUAUAGAAAGGGUAGUAGACACCUGGAAUAGCCUUCCAGUGGGAGCAGUAACCGUGAUAUAGAAAGGGUAGUAGAUACCUGGAAUAGCCUUCCAGUGGGAGCAGUAACAGUGAUAUAGAAAGGGUAGUAGAUACCUGGAAUAGCCUUCCAGUGGGAGCAAUAACAGUGAUAUAGAAAGGGUAGUAGAUACCUGGAAUAGUCAUCCAGUGGGAGCAGUAACAUUGAUAUAGAAAGGGUAGUAGAUACCUGGAAUAUUCUUCCAGUGGGAGCAGUAACAGUGAUAUCGAAAGAGUAGUAGAUACCUGGAAUAGUGAUAUAGAAAGAAUUGUAGGUACGCAGAAUAGCCUUCCGGUAGGGCAGUAACAGUGAUAACAAAGCGGUAGUAAGGUAUUACUGAAUAGCCUUCCAGUGGGAGCAGUAACGGUGAUAUAGAAAGGGUAGUAGAUACCUAGAAUAGUCUUCCAGUAGGAGCAGUAACAGUGGUAUAGAAAGGGUAGUAGAUACCUGGAAUAGCCUUCCAGUGGGAGCAGUAACAGUGAUAUAGAAAGGGUAGUAGAUACCUGGAAUAGCCUUCCAGUGGAAGCAGUAACAGUGAUAUAGAAAGGGUAGUAGAUACCUGGAAUAGCCUUCCAGUGGGAGCAGUAACAGUGAUAUAGAAAGGGUAGUAGAUACCUGGAAUAGCCUUCCAGUGGGAGCAGUAACAGUGAUAUAGAAAGGGUAGUAGAUACCUGGAAUAGCCUUCCAAUGGGAGCAGUAACAGUGAUAUAGAAAGGGUAGUAGAUACCUGGAAUAGCCUUCCAGUGGGAGCAGUAACAGCGAUAUAGAAAGGGUAGUAGAUACCUGGAACAGCCUUCCAGUGGGAGCAGUAACAGCGAUAUAGAAAGGGUAGUAGACACCUGGAACAGCCUUCCAGUGGAAGCAGAAACAGUGAUAUAGAAAGGGUAGUAGAUAACUGGCAUAGCCUUCCAGUGGAGAGGUAACAGUGAUAUAGAAAGGGUAGUAGAUACCUGGAAUAGCCUCCAAUCAGAAGCAGUUAAGGCUGAAACUGAUAGUUAACUGUGAAAUUCCACUCACUCUAAACACGCUCUAGCCAUAUAUUCCUAAACCCUAAGCUCAGAUCCAUUCUAUUCAUUGCUCACGGUGCCUAGAGAGAUAUCAGCUCUGCCUCACUGUUGAUACCUUUCAAGGUUGAAACGAACGUCUGGGGUUGCUGUAUCUCUCGUGCAGAGGGAGCUUGCUGACAUUUCGGAUCUGGACUGCCCAUACAGUUGGGACCAGUCUGAUUUGCUUCAGAUAUGUUCUCUCUGUAUUGGCACAAGAUGAGCUAAAACCAGCUUGAGUUCUGAGCAGGGACCCACUGAAAGGCAGGCUAAUUGAGCUGUUGUUCGUUCUCACCUCUCUUGCUAAUUGUUUUUCCGAUCCAUUACAUUAAGCGCUGCGCUCUUUAACGCAGCUCUGUAUGACGGUAAUAUACAAAACACUCCAAAGUGACGGUGACUAUAUAAAUACUCCAUUUAUAGCAGACCUUGUAAUGUCAACCUCUUAGUUGCUGAUAAGUACACAUGGUGGUUUUGGACCCCCACAUGGUAGCGGUAAUUGGAAAUAAUCUCGGUUAUUUGGGAAGAAUUAGUCCAAGUUACUACUUAGGACCCAAUGGGAUGGCUCUGAAUUCAGGGACCGGAUUUUUCUAUUUGUCGCUAUUCACACUUAUUCAGAUAUUUUUACCUCUUAUACAACUGAGACAGAGUUAUUAAACUGCGUGUAUCGGGAAGAAUCGAAGGACAAAUAGUGGAACGGAAGGUUAACCAGAGUCUCCGUCACCUAAUAGAAUCUCAUAUCAUAUUAUUAUGCAUCAAAAUCAUUAAAUAAAUCUAAUUAGGAGUUCACAUGCAAAUAUUGGCAGAAGCUGUGACUUUUAUUCCUAUAUCCAUUUUUCACCAAUAAAGCCGUGUUUUAAUGUUUUUUAAUACAUUUCCUCCAAUCCAUGUAAAAGUCUAAUAAAAGAUGAUAUUCCACUGUGAAGCCUUUUUUUUUUUUUUUAAAAGUGUCAAUCACUGUGUUAGUAAACAGAAGCCUUUCACUGUUAUUUAUAUAUUUAUUGUGUCUUUUAUGAAUAUUUUUAGAAAACUCCUAAAGUCGGCAUUUCCUGUUCCAUUCAGCAUUGCAGGGGUUAAAUCCCGGCAUCACUCUCCAUGCCCACAUCAUAGUACCAUGUUACAAAGCCCCAGCCCUACACAAUGCCAGGGGUCAAAGCGGGGUUAAUCCUCUACGGCUGUUUGUUCAUGGGUGAGUCCGAGCGCAGUGUUGUUGAAAGAACACUAUUGGCCGGGUGAAGGUGCCAUACAGUGUACUUUGGACACAGGGGGGUAAAGGUGCCCCUCUCUCUCCCUCAGUCUUGCUGGAUCCUGAGCCAAUAGGCAGGUGAGUGUCGGUGAAUUGUUGGAAUUGGCGAGAGAGUUUGUCUAGGCUGGCUGGUGUCAUGUCUGCAUCCCCGGAGGCAGCGGCGAGGGGCACCGAGGCCUCUGUGUGAGUCACAUAACUGCACUCGCUGCAAAACCUCAGAGAGAGAGAGAGAGAGACUGCUGGUUAUACAACAGAGCUGGAACAGGGCUUAUUCCAGCUUUAAAACGUCAAAUUAACUUGUUCCUGUGCAGAGUGUGCCAAGCGCCUUGCCUGAGAAUCAGUUAGCGAACAUUUAUCUCAAAUUUUCUGUCUGUACUGCAGCCAGAGAUACAAUUAUUCUAACAGCAAACUGUCCGAUCCCCAAACUCUAUUCUGACUGCCUAAUCACCAAACACCAUAGUCACUACCUAAUCCCCAAACUGUCUGACCGAUCACCAAACUCCAUCCUGACUGUCUAAUCACCUUACACCAUAAUCACUGCCAGAUCAUCAAACUGUCUGACCAAUCAGGAGACGCUAUGUGUCUAACUGAUCACUAAACUUUCCGUUUACCAAACUCCAUAUGGUGUGUCGGAUUAUUGCGUGAGUGAUCAUCACCAAUUUCUAUGCCGUUUUCCUGAUCACCAAACUUUCUGCCUGAUCACCAAACUUUCUGUCUGAUUGCCACACUUUCUGCCUGAUUGCCACACUUUCUGUCUGAUCACCAAACUUUCUGCCUGAUUACCAAACUUUCUGUCUGAUCACCAAACUUUCUGCCUGAUUACCAAACUUUCUGCCUGAUUACCAAACUUUCUGCCUGAUUGCCAAACCUUCUGUCUGAUCACCAAACUUUCUGUCUGAUUGCCACACUUUCUGUCUGAUCACCAAACUUUCUGUCUGAUUACCAAACUUUCUGCCUGAUUACCAAACUUUCUGUCUGAUCACCAAACUUUCUGCCUGAUUACCAAACUUUCUGCCUGAUCACCAAACUUUCUGUCUGAUCACCAAACUUUCUGCCUGAUUACCAAACUUUCUGCCUGAUUACCAAACUUUCUGCCUGAUUGCCAAACUUUCUGCCUGAUUGCCAAACUUUCUGCCUGAUUACCAAACUUUCUGUCUGAUCACCAAACUUUCUGUCUGAUCACCAAACUUUCUGCCUGAUUACCAAACUUUCUGUCUGAUUACCAAACUUUCUGCCUGAUUACCAAACUUUCUGCCUGAUUACCAAACUUUCUGCCUGAUUGCCAAACCUUCUGUCUGCCAAACUUUCUGCCUGAUUACCAAACUUUCUGUCUGAUUACCAAACUUUCUGCCUGAUUGCCAAACUUUCUGCCUGAUUACCAAACUUUCUGUCUGAUUACCAAACUUUCUGCCUGAUUGCCAAACUUUCUGCCUGAUUACCAAACUUUCUGUCUGAUCGCCAAACUUUCUGCCUGAUCACCAAACUUUCUGCCUGAUUACCAAACUUUCUGCCUGAUCGCCAAACUUUCUGCCUGAUCACCAAACUUUCUGCCUGAUCACCAAACUUUCUGCCUGAUUACCAAACUUUCUGCCUGAUUACCAAACUUUCUGCCUGAUUACCAAACUUUCUGCCUGAUUACCAAACUUUCUGCCUGAUUGCCAAACUUUCUGCCUGAUUGCCAAACUUUCUGCCUGAUCGCCAAACUUUCUGUCUGAUUACCAAACUUUCUGUCUGAUCGCCAAACUUUCUGCCUGAUCACCAAACUUUCUGUCUGAUUGAUUACCAAACUUUCUGCCUGAUCACCAAACUUUCUGCCUGAUCUCCAAACUUUCUGCCUGAUUACCAAACUUUCUGCUGGCUGCCCAGCAUUGUUACAGAAAGUUUGAUGGGCUAAGGUGGACCUUCACUGAGGGCCUACGUAAGGUCUAUACUGGAGAGUACACAAAAUAUAUUAAUGGCUGGUUCUAACCAAUGCCCACUCAGAGCCUAUCCAGGUCCUAACCAGGUCCGGACCUGGGGUCCGUAAGGGUUUAUCCAGGGUCUAUACAAUAUCUCUCCUCGAGCCUAUACAUGAUAUAUCUAGGGCUUAUCCUGAGGGCUAUAUCCACCCAGAGUCUAUUAUGCAGGGAUCUGUCAAUUAUUUACAUAAUAUUAUUUAAUAAAUCUUCCCCAAGCCUACAAUACUUUAAGAGAUCCCUCUCUACAUAUCUCAAAACAGAAUGCACCUGUCAUGGUUAAUUAUAUAUCACUUACCUGUUCUAUAUAAACUUUUCUAUAUGUGUUGUGUAUUAAGAUUGUUUUUGUAUUUUAUUGUACUCUAUUGUAUCAAUGCAAUGUUUUGUGAACCCAGGACAUACUUGAAAAUGAGAGAAAUCUCAAUGUAUCUCUCCUGUUAAAAUAUUUAAUAAAUAAAUAUUGGGGUUUAUUACGAGAGCUGGGUGUUUAAAUAACGUUACUGAGGUGUUAUAUGGGAGCUGGGUGUGUAAAUAAUGUUAUUGAGGUGCUAUACGGGAGCUGGGUGUGUAAAUAACGUUAUUGAGGUGUUAUAUACGGGAGCUGGGUGUGUAAAUAAUGUUAUUGAGGUGUUAUACGGGAGCUGGGUGUGUAAAUAACGUUAAUAAGGUGUUAUACGGGAGUUGGGUGUGUAAAUAAUGUUAUUGAGGUGUUAUACGGGAGCUGGGUGUGUAAAUAACGUUAUUGAGGUGUUAUACGGGGAUUGGGAGUGUAAAUAACAUUAUUGAGGUGUAAUAGGUGAGCUGGGUGUGUAAAUAACGUUAUUGAGGUGUUAUACAGGAGCUGGGUGUGUAAAUAACGUUAUUGAGGUGUUAUACGGGAGCUGGGUGUGUAAAUAACAUUAUUGAUGUGUUAUACAGGAGCUGGGUGUGUAAAUAACGUUAUUAAGGUUUAUUACGGGAGCUGGGUGUGUAAAUAACGUUAUUGAGGUGUUAUACGGGAGCUGGGUGUGUAAAUAACGUUAUUAAGGUUUAUUACGGGAGCUGGGUGUGUAAAUAACGUUAUUGAGGUGUUAUACGGGAGUUGGGUGUGUAAAUAACGUUAUUGAGGUGUUAUAUAUGGGAUCUGGGUGUGUAAAUAACAUUAUUGAGGUUUUAUACGGGAGCUGGGUGUGUAAGUAAUGUUAUUAAGGUUUAUUACGGGAGCUGGGUGUGUAAAUAACGUUACUGAGGUGUUAUACGGGGAUUGGGAGUGUAAAUAACAUUAUUGAGGUGUAAUAGGUGAGCUGGGUGUGUAAAUAACAGUAUUGAGGUGUUAUACGGGAGCUGGGUGUGUAAGUAAUGUUAUUAAGGUUUAUUACGGGAGCUGGGUGUGUAAAUAACGUUACUGAGGUGUUAUACGGGGAUUGGGAGUGUAAAUAACAUUAUUGAGGUGUAAUAGGUGAGCUGGGUGUGUAAAUAACAGUAUUGAGGUGUUAUACGGGAGUUGGGUGUGUAUAUAAUGUUAUUGAGGUGUUAUACGGGAGUUGGGUGUGUAAAUAACGUUAUUGAGGUGUUAUACGGGAGCUGGGUGUGUAAACAACGUUAUUGAGGUGUUAUACGGGAGCUGGGUGUGUAUAUAAUGUUAUUGAGGUGUUAUACAGGAGCUGGGUGUGUAAAUAACGUUAUUGAGGUGUAAUAGGUGAGUUGGGUGUGUAAAUAACGUUAUUGAGGUGUUAUACGGGAGUUGGGUGUGUAAAUAAUGUUAUUGAGGUGUUAUACGGGAUCUGGUUGUGUAAAUAACGUUAUUGAGGUGUAAUAGGUGAGCUGGGUGUGUAAAUAACGUUAUUGAGGUGUUAUACGGGAGCUGGGUGUGUAAAUAACGUUAUUGAGGUGUUAUACGGGAGCUGGGUGUGUAAAUAUCGUUAUUGAGGUGUUAUACGGGAGCUGGGUGUGUAAAUAACGUUAUUGAGGUGUUAAAUAUGGGAUCUGGGUGUGUAAAUAACGUUAUUGAGGUGUUAUACGGGAUCUGGGUGUGUAAAUAAUGUUAUUGAGGUGUAUCAGGUGAUCUAUGUGUGUAAGUAAUGAUAAAUGUCAGAGCUAUAUAUUUCAUCUGUACAUUAGAUUAGAGUACAAUUUAUGAAAUCACAUCAAUAAAGUUUAUUUUUGGUACUUGGUUUCAUUUCUCACACAGGGCAGUAAUUAGCACAUCGUGUGUUCAGGGCACAGCUCCUGAAAUCUCAAAUGGAUAAAGAGGGACACUUUGUUAUUCGGGAUGUGAGAGGGAUGGGGGUCCAGGGGCGGGGCUGUUCUGAGUGUGAGUGAGCAUCUGACAUGGGUUGGGGCUGUUCUAGGUGUGGGUAGGGGUGACCAUGGGUGGGGCUUAGUGAGUGUGAGUAGAGUGUGGCCAUUGGGUAGGUCUGUACCAAGUGUGAGCAGGGGUGUGGCCAGGGGCGGGGCUGUACUAAGUGUGAGUGAGGGUCAUUGUGACACACAGGUACUUUUUGUUGUGGUUAUAUAACCACACCAUUGUGUGACCUGAGUUUGCUCUUUCUAGAAUGGAAGCUAGAUGUUACGUAGUGAUUUAUGGACAUUCUGCGUGUGAUUCAACAAAGAUGCUGCAAUGAUGGAUGGGCGAAUGUAUUGUAUCAUUAACACAAACACACUUCAAGAUUGCUGAUUGUAAUAAAUUCGUUCUUUCUUCUUCCUUCUGUCCUUUUUCCAGUUGAUUGAUAUAUACGUCUUUUGUAUAUAUAGUCUUGGGUCAAAGGCUCGCUACAUUAAUAUACGUCUAACUCUAGCCCGAUAAGGACAGGACCCCCAGUCCACAUUCCAGAAUUCUCAUACAAGAAAACCCUGUGAUUUAUUGAUACAAUCUGUAACUUAUGUCAAUCCAGAAAACAUAGAAUAUGCAAUAUUCUACACUGAUACACAUUAAACACACUCGAAUAAUUAACAGAAUGUACUAAAAUGAUUGCACCAUCAAAGUGUCAGGUAAAUCAAACUGUAAAAAUCAUAAUAAAAUUCAUUCUAAUUCCAGGUUGUAAAACUGCAAAUAUGUGGAAACGUCCAAGGGGGUGAAUACUUGUGGAAGGCAGUGUAUUUGUUUGUGUGUUUUUUUGCCAGUAAGCGUUAUUGCUGUGUUUUCAUUGCUUAAACCUUCCAGGGAAAUUAAAACUGUAAGCGUGCAGUAACAAUGGAUAUUGAGCAAUCAUAUUCUCACAAUUCCUUGCCUUUGGGUUAGCUCUCCACUGGAAUCACAGGCUUCCAAAUGGCGUACACACUGGGAAUUAUGGGAACUAAUAUUCAUUUGCAUGAAAUGCCUUGCUGUGCUUUUUGCAGCAGAUGCUAUAUGGUGGCCUCCAUUGCUGUACAGUAUUACAGAGUUUGAUGAAGGUAAAUGCAGAAGCAGAACUAACAGACAUAACCAUGGUACAUCCAGUAUAAAUUGCAUUUUUAUAACACAGCAAAUUCUCCCAAGACACCUAUAUAACUUUGCAGUCCCCUCUCUUUUCAUGUCGAUCCAUUCAGAGUCUAUACAGUGACUGCCCUGUUCCUCUGUAUAAUGUAUUUACUACCUCUGUAUAAUGUAUGUGUAGUGCAUGCCUCUCUCACUAGAGUGACUCUCUCAGUAUAGUGCAUGCCUCUCUCAGUAUAGUGCAUGCCCCCCCAGUAUAGUGCAUGCGCACCCAGUUUAGUGCAUGCCUCUCUCACUAUAGUGGACUCUAUCAGUAAAGUGUGUCUUUCUCCAUAUAACCGUGUUGUUCCUUUUAGGUCGGGGCAGGGGGAUGCCGAAAUGUCCCUUAUCUGCCUGUCAGACUUUGAAGCCUACGCUAAAGAUCAUUUGCCAAAAGCCACCUGGGAAUAUUACGCGGCUGGAGCAGAUGAAUGCUGUACGCGGGACGACAAUCUGCUUGCAUUCAAACGGUAAAAUAUCCUCUCAUUUCCAGAUAUCCGCCAUUUCUUUCAGUGUAAUUGGCCAAAACCUGGGGCUUGCGGAACAAUUGUUUUUUUCUGUUAUAAAAAUAACUAAAGUGUUUUUAUGUUUUUUUCCACUAAAUUAAAGGAACAGUAUAGUGUUGGGAAUACUAACGUGUAUUCCUGACACUAUAGACCUAAUAGCGCCCAUUUAGGUCCUCGGUCCCCAUGUCCCCCUGUGGUGAAAAUAACCUCGCCACUGGUUUUUGGAGGGGCCUGUUUGCCAGCCUCCUACCUUGUGACUAUGGUUCCUGGGUUAACCCCUGGUUGAAAAUACUGUUUGUGCCUUUAUUUUUCCAUGUAUGGCUACCCUUCGAACUCCCAAAGCGGCACUUCAAAUUCCCGAACAACCGCACAAACCAGAGACCACCCUGGAGCUUGUUAACACCUAUUAAAAACUUGGAACGUUUCUCACCACUGUGUUCUAAUUGUUCGUCUGGGUGGCCGCAAUUCCUAUGGACAACCAUGAGGUGGCAGCCAUCUUGUUGGCAUGAACCCAUGCAGUGGUGUUUGGGCAUGAAUCUCAUGGAUCUAAAAUCGGACACAGAAACUCCCAAACACCGCUGGACUUCCAUCAUCGUCUGUGUUCGGUUCUAUACAACUUAGAAAGGCACUGUUCGGUGAGAUCAUUCAUCUUAAUGAAGGGAACAAGCUCCAUCCAGGGUAAGACUAUUGACUCUGUUUGGUACUUUGUUCAUUUUCAAACUACCGAACUAGACCGGCCGCAAGCCCUGAUUCUCUGGAACUGUUUUGGGCAUGGGCCAUGCUUGCAGUCAGUCAAAUAAAUGACUUCCAUAGAAUUCCUGAACCCCUGAACUGAUCUUGGUGAUGUUUGGAUAUGUUAGUCACCCAGAUCAGGGCUAUCAGAGUAUGUAACAUUUGUGGGGAUUUUAUGUGUUUUUGGGGUACUUUUGGGUUUUUGUAAAAUAUGUUUUUUCUGCCUGGAGAUAAUUGAGUUAAUACAGUAUCUGACUCAAUUAUCUCCCAGGCUGAGGGGAGGGAUUGUAUGCUAUGUGUGGAGUGUCGUGCCUUGUUACCUUAUUGUUAUUGGUCUGUGACAUUGUAUUUCAGUCUCAUAGUUACAUACCUGAAAAGAGUCCUUCCAAUUUUGCAACAAACUAGGAAAAAAUUCCUUCUUGACCCCAAAAUAGCAGUCAGAUGUCUCCUUGGAUCAAGCAGCUAUUACCCCACUAAUUAGAAAUGAUAUCCCUGUAUGUUAUGUUUUUGCAAGUAUUUAUCCAAUUGCAGUUUAAACAUCUGUAUGGACUCUGAUAAAACCACCUCUUCAGGCAGAGAAUUCCAUAACCUUAUUGUUCUUACUGUAAAAAAAAAAACCUUUUCUUUGCCUUAGAUGAAAUCUCCUUUCUUCCAGCCUAAAUGUGUGACCUUGUGUCCUAUGUAUAGCCCUGUUUAUGAACAGAUAAUGGUUUGUACUGGCCCCAAAUAUAUAAUUGUAACGGCACCUCCAAGCAUAAAGGGGGUUAACAGCCGUUUAGGAGAUAUUCCCUUCCAGAUAUACAGGCAGCUACUGUAGACACCAAUCCACCGAACCAGAGAAGCAUACAAAUGCUCUCAAACAUACGAAUGCUGUAAAAAGACGAAUAGGAAAAACCAUACGAAUAGGUUUACACUCCUAGCAGUUGAACUGGAACAGCAUACAAUAAAUCCCCCCAAGAACAAGACAAGGCACCGUUUUGAGGGUCAAGCAGGAACAGACUGAGCUGUGUCUUUAUUGGCCUUAUAUACACAUUCUACAGACAAAGUCCCACCCACAGAGUUUUGUGGAACAUCCAAUCAAAACAUACAACACAGAUAAACACUCCUACAGUGACAUCACAAUCCCUCCUCUCUAUCCUGGAGAUAAUUGGGAAUUAAUCAAAUUAUCUCCAAGGACAGAGGCAAAACUCCAUUAAGCACGUGGCAGUAAAAUACAAUAAAAUACACAAGGUUACAUUUAUUACAUAAAAUACAGACAUGCAACAUAUCCCCAGAUAGCUCAGAUCUGAGCGCACAUUAUUACUGAAUGGCGCUCUGACCACACACAUACAGUUCAAUUGCCAUGGAGCCAAAGUCUUUUAUUACAAGAAUAGGCUCCAUGGCAUAGCUAUCUGGGUUAAAUGAGUUCAUUCAGUAAAUCCGUGAAUGAACUGGCCGCGUGUGAUCUGCAGAUUGCUGCCAUCCAGUGUUCAGUAUGCGUAGGCGCACUUGCCGGCUUCUGGGCGGCCAGUUAGCGGCGACUGCCAGCUAAUCGUGGCUCCUGGGAGGCCAAUAGACGGCUGUUUGUUCGGUAGAUAGAAUCUACCGAAAGCCCGGGCAGAAAUACAUGAAUAGACCUUUCUGUAUAGGAAAAUAAAGUAUUUAAAUGCCGGCCCAUAGUCAAAAGGCAGCAGGCAGGCAACCAGGCUCCUCCAAUGCACAGUGGCGAGAUUGGUCUCGUCACAAUAAUGUUAUCCUAUCCCUUCUGAGGCGCCGUUUUUCCAAACUAAAGAGAUUUAAAUUUUUUAACCUUUCUUCAUAACUAAAAUGCUCCAUUCCUUUUAUCAAUUUUAUAGCUCGUCUCUGCACUUUUUCUAGUGCCAUGAUAUCUUUUUUUAGAACCGGUGCCCAAAAUCUCACAGCAUAUUCAAAGUGUGGUCUUACCAGCGAUUUAUAGAGAGGCAAAAUUAUAUUUUCAUCCCGAGAAUUUAUGCCCCUAUUUAUACAUGACAAAACCUUACUGGCCUUAGCAACUGCAGAUUGGCAUUGCAUAUUGCUAAUUUGUUGUCUAUGACAAUUCCCAAAUCCUUCUCAUGUGCGGUUAUCCCUAAUUCACUACCAUUUAAGGUGUAAGUUGUUUGUGCAUUCUUGACCCCGAAGUGCAUAACUUUGCAUUUCUCUACGUUAAGAAUAAGGUCCAUGUGGGCGUACCCCUUGCAUGGUGAUUGUCAUACAAGGCCAAGCGUGGCACCAUUAAAAGCAGUUCCUACUAACCCUCAACAUAGAGCCUCGUCUCAUGUGUGGAGGGGACUAUACUCCCCUGAGUUCUAAUCACUUGCUCUUAUAAGAGCUGUUCCUGCUACACUCUCUGGAGUAGGAGAGGUUCACCCACUGGAAGCUGGAUCCUGGUCUUGGGUCCAGGGUUGGUGGAGGACGGCGAGAACCAAGUCAAACUGCGGCGGCUAAGGGGCUACAGUGUUUAUGGAGUCUGGUGGAGUGCUUGGAGUUCUCGGUGAGCACUAGGAGCAUUGAUUGACAGAGGCACGCGGUGGUGCCGUCACACCUCCCCCCCCCCCCAUUUAAAAGGUGUUUUACCUACCCUUUUUUUUUAGUGCUCCUCAUGGCUGACCCUGCCCAACUAUGCCUCCUUGGCUGAGAGCAUCAGAUUUGAUGAUAUCAGCCAAUCAAAUUCUUUGGAGGCAACUGCACAUGCGUGGCAAAAUGCCACGCUGCACCAAUCAGCAUCUCCUCAUAGAGAUACAUUGAAUAAAAUCACCUUUAUGAGGAAAGUUCAGUGUCUCCAUACAGCAGGAAACACCUCUAGUAGCCAUCUGAGUGUCUGCCACUGUCUUUUUCUGGAAAGGCAGUGUUUACAUUAAAUAGCCUGCAGGGACAGGCAGUAGACAGUAGAACAAAUACAUUAAGCUGUAUGCUAUACAUUACGCUGUAUACUACACAUUAAACUGUAUAACGUACAUUAAGCUGUAUCCCAUACAUUACGCUGUAUACUAUACAUUAAGCUGUAUACAGUGGUGGAUCCGGGGGGGGGGCUACGGGGCAAUUGCCCCCCCCCCCAAUAUUCUCCCCUGCCAGCUAAUGCAUCAGGUCAGAGCUUUCAGAAGAGAGAGAGUUCACGAAAACGUAAGCGUGAUCAGCGCACUAUUAAGAGAUUUGUGGCUGAUUCAGAGCACAGACGGGUUUGUGCAGAUAAAGGCACAUUGAGGAAGAUUUCUGCCAGAUCCAUGCAUCGGAUCAAGAGAGCAGCUGCUAAAAUACCAUUACAUAGCAGCAAACAGAUAUUUGAAGCUGCUGGUGCCUCUGGAGUCCCACGGACAUCAAGGUGUAGAGUUCUCCAGAGUCUUGCAACUGUGCAUAAACCUUCUAUUCGGCCACCACUAACCAAUGCUCACAAGCAGAAAUGGCUGCAUUGGGCAGAAAAAUACAUAAAGACUAAUUUUCAAACAGUCCUGUUCGCUGAUGAGUGCCGUGCAACCCUGGAUGGUCCAGAUGGAUGGAGUAGUGGAUGGUUGUGGGACGGCCACCCUGUUCCAACAAGGCUGCGACAUCAGCAAGGUGGUGGUGGAGUCAUGUUUUGGGCUGGAAUCAUGGGAAGAGAGCUGGUCGGCCCCUUUAGGUUUCCCGAAGGUGUAAAGAUGACCUCUGCAAAGUAUGUGGAGUUUAUGACUGACCACUUUCUUCCCUGGCACAGAAGGAAGAACUAUGCUUUCCGUAAUAAAAUCAUCUUCAUGCAUGACAAUGCUUCAUCUCAUGCUUCAAAGAAUACCUCUGCAUCAAUGGCUGCUAUGGGGAUUAAAGAAAAGAAAGUCAUGGUGUGGCCUCCAUCCUCCCCUGACCUCAAUCCUAUUGAGAACCUUUGGAGCAUCCUCAAACAAAAGAUCUAUGAGGGUGGGGGGCAGUUUACAUCCAAACAGCAGCUCUGGGAGGCUAUUCUGACAUCUUGCAAACAAAUUCAAGCAGAAACUGUCCAAAAACUCACAAGUUCAAUGGAUGCAAGACUUGUGAAGCUGCUAUCAAAUAAUGGGUCCUAUGUUACAAUGUAACGUGACCUGUUAAAAUGUUGUUAUAAGUUUGAUUGAAAUAGCUUUUGAUUUCAGUAAAUAUGCUGCAAACACAACAAAUGACAAUUUUCAGUUCAUUACAACCUAUAAAGUGUUUUGAAACUUACUGUGCGUAAUAAUUUAGAACAGUGCAUUGUAAGUUUUUUAUGUUUAAAAAAAAUACUGUGGAGGGGCGGAGCCUAACCCUGCACGAGGAUGGCAGCAUAACCCUUUAGCUCCGCAAAGGCCUAGCCUGAAUCCGAAGCCAUCCACAGCACCUGAGCCCCCCACACAUCCUACACCCAUCCCUUCUUACCCCUGCUACAACCGGCACUAAUCCUCUCCAUGGGCGGCGGGAAAAAAGCCCGUAACUCGGCAGUGGCGCCGAUCUUUAGGCAGAAGCCCGAGCAGACCCGGGCGCCAUCUUCGGAGGCCCCCCUGACGCACUCAGACUCCGAAAUGAGCAGCCACGCUCACUCGGAACGUACUGAAGCCCCCCUCACCAGGAACGAUAUGAGGGGCUUCCUGGCCGACUUUAAACAGUCCGUGGCUGAAGAACUUGAAAAAAGGCUAUGCCCCAUACUGGCAACCAUGUCGGAACUCUCAGCUCGAACACAGGCCACAGAAGACAAAAUGGCGGCCACUGAAGAAACGGUAUCAACACAGGGGACCGAGAUACAAACUCUCCGAGACCAAUUGCGCUCACUUGAAGAUGCAAAUGAAGACCUGAACAACAGAACACGGCGGAACAACAUUAGAGUGAGGGGCAUUCCGGAAUCCGUCUCCACAGACCUACUCACCGACACUCUCACAGAGGUCUUCCAAACCCUUCUCCCAGAAGCUACAGCUGCCGACCUCCUUAUGGACCGGGCUCACAGAGCAUUGCGAGCUCCCAGUACCAACAUGGCCACCCCCAGGGAUAUCAUCGUCAAACUACACUUUUACCACAUUAAAGAACGCAUUAUGAAAGCAGCCCGAGAUAGCCCUGUGGUGGUGGAGGGGGUUCCGGUCCAGCUGUUCCAGGAUCUGGCGCCGACUACCCUGAAACGCAGGAGAGACCUGCGUCCACUCACACAGCACCUUACCCGACAUGGCCUCCGGUAUGCCUGGGGUCACCCCUUCAGGAUCAUCAUCCGCAAAGAUGGCAGGUUCCACUCCAUCACGAAACCGGAGGAAAUCCCCACGCUCCUGGACCAGCUGGACCUACCGCAACUACCCGACACAGCGCACCCCAGGGCCGACCAGGCUCACCAACGAUCGCUGGCCAGCAACCUGCCCACCAGACCCGGUGAACGCAUGCACCGGAAUGCGGCUCUCAACCAGCCGGAAAACUCACCGCACUGAGAGGAAGCACGAACGGAGCAGCGGUCUGCGGCCCCCUACGCCCAUGCCCUCAGACGAAACCCCUGUUGGGACCCCCUAGGGGACUAGAACUUUAUUUUUUAAUCUUCAAACAAAAUUUUUUUUUUCCUGGCCCCGGGCCUUGGCCCCCUGGGACGGAGCCCACACGCCCCCAUGGAACGAGACUGGUCAUGGGACCCAACCUCCACACCCAGACACCCCAGUGGGCCGGAGAGCCGAGUCCCCACAGAGUCUGAGGGCUCAAGCGCAGGCCCCCCCCCCACGGACGUGGUCGGACCCGGGACCAAUGUACCGGAAUAUUUGCAGCAAGUUCCCCCCUCGCCCCGGGCGUCCGACCUCCCCUCCUUUUAUACCAAGGCCUGCCCACGACCUUCUAGCCCUCACCAGAGACCACAUCAACGAUCACCCACGAUAUGGACCGUGAGCACGGAGACUCCCGGAUCACGGACAGCCACACACCCUCCGCCAGCGCAAACUAUAGAGGGACGAUCCUGGGAGGACUGGGACUAUAUCCUGGCCGGAGCCGGCAUCUGGUACGGGGCCUUCGGGGGGCGCAGACUCCCCCACCUGGAGUGUGGGUCUCUGUACACUGGAGCUGCUGCCCCCCGGACCGAGGGAGGGGGGAGGCUGGGGUGGGGGGGCCGUUGUUGUUGGGGGGGUGGGGGCGGGAGGGUAACAAGACAAGGGGUCCAGGACCCUCUACAGCACAGACGAGCUGACUGCCCGGACUGCCCCCGCUGGCCCCUUCCCCGACUUGGACGGCCACGGCCAGCCCCAAUGUCGGUCACCGGCAGCGGCCCCAGAGCGCCGCACCCGGCGCCCCCCCCCUCCGGCCCAACAGGAGGGUGCCACAACACCAAAAGAAAUGGGGACAUCCCCGGGAUGACUGGUGACCCUUGUCCCCAGGAGCGGCCCCGCUUGAUUGAAUGUACCCACGGCCCCUCCAGGACAGAAACCAAUGAGAACGCCCUUCUACGGAGCACCCCGACAGUGUAGGACCCAUACCCCCCAGGCCCCAUCCACAGUGGACACCCAGACUGUGCCUGCCCCCCCCACCCCGGGAGACCGGAGUUGGCUAACACAGGACUCACCCCGUGUGCACCUCCCUGACUUAACUCAGAACCGCAGGACAACUACGCACGACUGGCCCCCACUGUGCGCCCCGCGCGCCCCUCUCCCCUCCCCUCCUAUUGACAGACGAGACAUGGAAGGACUGGACUUCAAUCCUCCCCAGACGCAAAAAGGACACCGACGGCGACACGGGGUGGGGGGUCUGCAAACAACGGCUCACGACUGGGGAGGCAUGAGACGCUUGUCAAGACCGCUGCUUCCUCUCCUCCGACAAAGUUGACAUGUUUGGUAUGAUUUUAUAUUGCAUGCAAGCAAGGUUACGCUAUAAUGUUAAAAUGCUUUAUUGGGAAAGUGGGUGGCUGCGGGCGGGAUGCACUUCACUAGGGCUGUGGGUGGCGGGCGGACACACACGACACUCAGUCCAUCAAUAUGCCACACGCCACGACACCAGGCACCAUAGCUUAUGCUACACCCCAGCACCAUCCCCCACUCGCGGUCCAACGGGCCGAAGGCGGCAACAUCAUCCCUAUUGGAGACCCACUGCCCCCACCCCGCACGAUAGGUCAGGGGGAGAUGGCCAAAGACUAGGCCCCACACGGGCGGGCACAAUACACACAUACCUGCGCCUGGGGGGCGACCCACGGACAGGCCCAGAUAUGGAGGCCGCAGGGCACCUCCUUCCCAACGGGACAGGUGGAGGCACACGGGCUGCGCGGACCUGGCCCUCGGGCCCGGACGUGCGGGAGCCCCCUCGGGCACACAUCAACCACAACACCAUUCCAAGCUUACGGAGAGCCGCCCCCCGCACAGGCGGGGCCGAGACAACAGAACCCCCUUGGCCCAGACCGACCUCGCACACACAAAUGGGACCCCCGGGACCCCGCUCCCCCCCCUCCCCUUCCGUCCCCCGCGCCCCCCCCGGCUCAGAUCAAAUUGCGAAUUCGCAGGCAGGUCGCGGACGUACUCUGUCACUUCUGCAGACACCUCCCCCACUGGCCUCGGCCACCCUGGAUCUUGCCAAAAGAGCCCCAGGACAACAUACCGAGACCCCCGCCACUUCUACGACUGGCCAGGUUGAUAAGUCCAGUCUUCAACCAUCCAACUCCCUCUGAGACCCUUUGACGGGCCCACGCAGGCAGGGCCCCAUACCACCCCUAACCUUAUCCCCCCAUCCCUCUCCCCAUCCCCUACCUUCCCCCUCUCUGCCCUAUCUAGGCAGCACGAAUCCAGAUACCGGGCGACGGUACACAGCUAUCCCCCACCUUUCAGCCUCCUAUAAGCACCAUUAAGCACCACGAAUGGCGCACCGGAAUACCCAUAUUAGUAUCACCUCUCUUAAUGUCAAAGGACUCAACUCGCCAGGGAAAAGACAUGGGAUACUCCGCUGGGCUAACCGCACAGGGGCGGAUAUCAUACUGCUCCAAGAAACCCAUUUCACAGAUCAGAAGCAGUUCCCACUAGUUAACAGACACUUCAAACGCAGCUACCUAGCCAACUCACAGGAACCCAAAAAGAAGGGAGUAGCCAUCUUGCUACCAACACAUGCCCACUUACGGACAUACAAACCCACAAGGAUUCCUCAGGCCGUUUUAUCUUCCUCACAGGCUACGUGGGGAACCUCCCCCUCACGAUAUGUUCUUUAUAUGCCCCAUCCGUUCCAGACACCACAUUCUGGCACACAUUCCAAACCCAUCUAGCCGGCCUAUCAGCCAAACAUCUAAUCAUAGGAGGAGAUCUCAACGCAACUUACACCCCCACUCUGGACCGCCGCACACACACAGGCACCGUACCAGCCCCGACUAGGAAUGACCAAUUGUACGCCGACUUUCUAUCUGCGACCUCCUUACUGGAUGUCUGGAGGAGCCAGCACCCGACGUCUCGCGACUUCACCUUUUACUCCCAUACCCACAAAUCUUACUCCCGUAUUGACGGCUUCUUGGUCUCGCCAGCGGUACAGCCUUGGUCCAUCCACUCCCACAUCGGUAACAUAGUAUGGUCUGACCACGCGGAAAUCUCGCUUACAAUACGCAUCCCACUCAGAGCACGCCCAUGGAAAUGGAGGCUGAACCCCUGGAUCCUAAAAGACAAAGCCACGAUCCACACUAUGGAGGAACACCUCAAAACCUAUUUCGAUCUCAACGACACCGAAGACACAACCCCACCCAUGGUGUGGGCAGCCCACAAAGCUACCAUUAGAGGUACCCUCAUAUCACUAGCCACGGCCCUCAAAAGACAACGCCUCUCGAAACUCACAGACGCCUUGACCACCCUCGACAAGCUUGAAUUCCUACACAAACAGAACCCCUCCGAACACCUACUCUCGCAACUCAAAUCUACGAGGGAACAGAUCAGCCAACUCUCGGCGGCGGACGUCGCACGGAACCUAAUGUGGUCCAAACAGCGCUUUUAUGAGAAGGGCAAUAAGGCCGACUCACUACUAGCACGUUGCCUCCGGAAAAAGCAGGACCAAAAAAAGAUCUCCAAAAUCAAGACCCAAAACGGAGAGCUAUCAACGGACCCCGAAAUCAUAGCCCGCGAAUUCCUAAAAUAUUAUUCCGACCUAUACAACCACAACACCACGACAUCAACAGGAGAAGCGGCGCACACGGACGCCAUAUCUUCCUUCCUGAAACCCCUCAACCUUCCCACCCUCUCUACACAGGAGCAAAACAGAUUAGAAGCACCCGUGGAGGUGGAAGAGAUCGCCUCGGUCCUCAAGACGCUGAAACCCAGGAAAAGCCCAGGACCAGACGGCUUUACAGCCAUCUACUAUAAGACAUUCCAAACGAUCCUUAUACCACAAUUAUGCAAAGUCUUCAACGCAGUGCUGGAAGGCCACCCACUCCCCCCGGACAUGCUGGCGGCUGACAUCUGCCUUCUACCCAAACCUGGGAAAGAACACCUAGACCCAGGGCACUAUCGCCCAAUUUCCCUAUUAAACAUCGACUUGAAAAUACUCACGAAAGUACUGGCCAAUCGCCUUAAUCCGUACCUUCCCACACUGAUUCACCCAGAUCAGGUCGGAUUUAUCCCCACGCGGCAGGCGGCGGAUAACACCAGAAGAGCCUUCGAUACGAUUUGGUACACCAAACAUCGCAACAUCCCGUCAGUGGUGCUCUCGUUGGAUGCGGAGAAGGCGUUCGAUCGCCUUCUCUGGCCAUUCAUGUACGGAGUACUCGCACAUCUACAAUUUCCGCCAGGCUUCCUGAACAUCCUGCGGGCGGUCUACAAUCGCCCCACGGGAACGCUUCUACUCCCACGCGUCAAUGCCCAAACCUUCACCAUCGCCAACGGGACCAGACAGGGCUGUCCCCUUUCCCCCCUCCUCUUUGCAAUUGCACUGGAACCCUUGCUCCAAGCUAUCCGCCUCCACCCCAUCAUUCGGGGAGUGCAGAUAAGACAGGAAGCGUACACAGUGGCAGCGUACGCUGAUGAUGUUCUUCUCACUCUAACGGAUCCCAUAUCCUCUUUACAUGCAACACUGCACCUCAUAAGCGAAUACUCUACCCUCUCAGGAUACAAAAUCAAUCUAACCAAAUCUACUUUAAUGCCCAUAGCUCUAUCAGAUCCACAGUUGCAACUGCUCCACCACUCCUUCCCGUUCCACGUCACCAAGUCCUUCAUUACCUACCUAGGCACCAAGCUACCCUCGGACCUUGGAGACACAUACGGAAUCAACUACACGCCACUCCUCAAAACAGCACACGCAGACCUCCAACGCUGGGACAAACUGGGAAUCUCUUGGAUGGGGCGAAUCACCACAAUCAAAAUGAACCUCCUGCCGAGAUUUCUCUACCUUUUCCAGACACUACCCAUCCCGCUACUGAACUCGGAUUUCAAGCGUCUCCAGACGGCCAUAGACAAAUUCAUAUGGAAAGCCAAGAAACCCAGGAUCCGUAGAACAACAAUGUACGUCCCUAGACUAAGAGGAGGGCUGGGACUGCCCAACUUCAAACAUUACUACCACGCGGCCCAAUUGGCCCACAUCCAACAAUGGCAUGCCCCCCCCGGCAGUAAACGCUGGGUAGACCUGGAACAUGAUAUUCUGGGCUGGGAUCAGCCCUCCUCAUACAUCUGGGUACCACGGAUACACCGUCCACUCCCCCCACCCACCUCUCCGGCAAUCACACAUACCAUCGCACUCUGGGAUAAACUUAAUACUAAAUACGACCUGUCCUCCUUUCUCUCCCCAAUGACCCCGAUCUAUCGUAACAAACUCUUCCCUCCCGGAAUGACAGCAAGGCAUUUUCUAGCGUUUGACCACCGAGAUAUCUCACGACUCGGCCACUUGUACCAGCAAGGUGAAAUCUUUAAAUACAACGAACUCCCAAACGCGGGGGCUCUGACCACCGCUGAUCAUUUUCGCUAUAUACAACUCCGAGACCUAGCGCAACAACCACUAAUUAAACAAGCAGGUACCUCACCGCUGACAGCAUACGAAAAACAAUGCCUAGCGGCCCCCCUGCAACCAGGUCAAAUCUCCGCCAACUACACAACAUUGACUACCCACAUUUCCCAGGUCAACCUAACCUAUAUUGCCGCGUGGGAAAGAGAUCUGGGAGCACCGGAGGACCCGACCGAUUGGGCCGCCAUAUGGGAAACACUAAAUUCCCUUACCGUAUGCGUCACGCACAAAGAACAGGCAUACAAAAAAAUGCUCCGCUGGUACCUGACUCCACACAGACUCCACAAGAUGGGCCAGAAACCAGACGACGGGUGCUGGAACCUAUGUGGCGAAGCAGGCCGCUACCUACACUGCUGGUGGACAUGCCCCAAAAUCAAGCCACUAUGGGAAGAGGUUAGCACCCUCAUAGAAACGAUCAUAGAGAAGCCAGUGGUCGUACAACCGUGGACUAUGCUACUCAGCAAACCAUUAGACUCCCUCACGAGGAGUGAAAACAAACUAACCGCCCGAAUCAAUCUAGCAGCCCGAAGGGCAAUAGCAGAACUAUGGGCUGACCAGAGAACACCCCACAUCUCUACGAUCAUCAGUAAAAUUAAAGAGACCCGAGACCUAGACGAGUUGACAGCACAGAUUAAUGAUACGUACAAAUCAUUCCAUCGUAUAUGGGAUCCCUGGGAUGCGAACCACACAAAAUUGCUUGAGACCAGCCUAAGAACAGACACCCCGGACUGAGGAUAGCGCUCCCUCAAUGACACCUCGCAUAGAGGGCUUACCACAUAGGCGCAAUGCUACUGGAACCCUGAAUGGGAUCUGCUCAACAUGGGACGGACGCCAGAACGCACCCCCCCUCCCCUUUUUUUUCCUCUCCUUUCCCUCCCUCUCUCUCCCUUCCUACCCCGACCCUCCCCUCCACACCCCAUCGGGGCCCUGCAGGCGUGGGUAAAGAGGGCAUCUACCCCCACAAGGCCCCUUUCUCCAUCCUAAGAAAUGGAGGCACACCACAGUCACCACCGUCUGCCCAGCACAGAUUAACACGGCGGGACUAACAUCGCCCCCCCGAGACCACCUCCCCCCCUCCUCAUUCCGCCCACACACCAUCAAACACGCUCAGGUGCUCCAGAGAGACCAUAGGGCAACACACCCCCGUUACAGCCAAUAGCACCCACAAUGCAAUGACUAGUCAAAUGCCGACAGCACAAGGCAUCUCUCGAGAGCCCCAUUCCUGGUCCUGACUCUCCACACGGGACGCAAAACAGGGAAAGGACUGCCCGUGGAGCAGCAAGAUGACCCACGGAGACCACGAGCGUGGGCAUAAACACACGCCAACCGACCACUUCCCACCCCACUAGCCCCGUACCCCUCCUGCCUGCGCACGCCCCACCAUCGUCACCGCACCCCCCCAUCCCUCCUCUUCUCUCCCCAGACAAACAAGACAAAUGCACACACAGUCACACACGCUCAGAACAGGAGGAACACCUCUCAUACACGUGAAGGUACGAGAAUGCACAUCCCACGAGAUCCCAUAAACUUUCUGUUCAUUGAUAUACAAAUGUACGAAUUGUAAAUCUCUGUGGUUUUUGUUGUGUAUGACAGUACCCCCUCUACGCCCUCUCUUUGUUCUGUAACCUCAUAUAUGUUAUAAAUAAAGAAUUUAUAAAAAAAAUAAAAAAAAUACUGUUAUCAUUAGGAGAUUUGUUCAAUAAAAUUUGAAUUGUACUCUUAAUAGUUGGUAACAUGAGUAUUAUGCUGACGGUUAUUUACAUCAAUUAUUUAGGUAAAUGAGAAAAAUAUCAUUUGCGUAAUAAUUUGGAACAGGGUGUAUACCGUACAUUAAGCUGUAUACCGUACAUUACGCUGUAUACUGUACAUUACGCUGUAUAUUAUAGAUUAAGCUGUAUACCAUACAUUAAGCUGUAUAUUAUAGAUUAAGCUGUAUAUUAUUCAUUAAGCUGUAUAACGUACAUUAAGCUGUAUACUAUACAUUAAGCUGUGUAUCAUGCAUUAAGCUGUAUACUGUACAUUUAACUGUAUACUAUACAUUAAGCUGUAUACCGUACAUUAAGCUGUAUACCAUACAUUAACCCCUUAAUACCGUUACAGCGUUCUAUGCCAUCCCGCAUUUACUGGGCUUUAAAGCCGUUGCAGCGGCAUAGAAUGCCGUAACGGCUUUGAGCCCUGGAUCGCCCAGGAUACUUACCUUCCUGAUAGCCCAGGCAGUCCUCCCACGGCAAAGCAGGGCCCUGGUCUCAAAGAGCAAUCACAUUGCAGGCACAGCUGCCCAUAGAGCUGCCAGCAGGGGGACUGUCUGGGCUGUCAGGUAGUCCCACUGCUGGUGGGAAAAGCUAAAAAAAAAAUUAAUAUACACAAUAAAAUAAUUAUAUAUAUAACAUAUAUGUAUAAAAAAAAUAAUAUAUAUAUAUACAUCUUAUAUAUGUAACUUCAUACUUAGUGUAUUUUAAUGUCUAUAAAAUUACAUAUAUUAAUCCUGAUGAAAGUCCACAGGCUGGACUGAAACGUUGAUUUGUUCUAUGGGAACUUGAAUAAAAGUAAAUUUUUAUUGGAAAAUCCGUGAGUGCAGCCAUUCUACCUGACUAUAUAUAUAUAUGUAUACACACAUAUUUAACACACAUAUUUAAUUUCGGUUUAACUGCAUUUUGUAUAAAUAAUUACACAAGUAUUCACAUAGAAUUUAAAUACACAUAUAUAUAUAUAUAUAUAUAUAUAUAUAUAUGUAUAUUAAUGUAAUCAUUAAUGUAUAUUAAUGUAAUCAUUAAGUCGAAAAAAGGGGGGGGGAAAUACUCGCAUCCUGUCAUUAUUAAAAUUAAGAUUAUUAGUACACUGCGCUAGCAUAAUCUUAAAUUUUACAACAUGACAGGAGGCUUCAUAUUUUGCAAAUUUAAUGCUGAGGUAGAAGAGCAAAUGCGGAGUUGGACGGACGGACGGAAAUAGAAUGUCCAAAACUUCGAUUUGCGGGACCAGUCUGCCACUUGUAAUAUGUCUGACAGGGAUGCGCCUGCCCGAAAAGCCGAUGAUGCCGCUACCCCUCGCACGGAGUGCGUGCCAAAAGACAGGUCUAUACCGGCUAGUGAGAGGAGCCAUCUGAUCCAUCUGGCCAGUGUGGUGACCGAAACCGGACCGUGAGGUUUAACAUAUGACACCAAUAGCUGUCGAUGGGCGUAAUGUCUCCGUUGCAGUCACAUAUGCCCGCAAAGGCAUGACCACACAAAGUUGGGGAUCCGAGGUGAAGAACUGAUAGAAGACCGAUGACGAGUCGGAUUUAGUCCGCCAUGAAAUAUGGAAUGUGACUCCUUCCAGAUCGAUAUUAAAGGCGUCUUUAUUAUUAUAUUACGGCUGUCUUCGUGAAUUGGGAUCUACAAUGAGAUCUUGAGAUCUAGGCGCGUAAACCAGUCGCCUUCUUGAAGGAGGUCCCUUAGUAAGUGUAUGUCUUUAAUUUUGAAGUGGCGGUAGGUCAUGUGUGGGUUCAGAUCUCUUAAAUUUAUCACCUGUCUGAAAUCCCCGGUUUUCUUGUGGACAAGGAACAUGUUGCUGAAGAAGCCUCCUUGUUCGCGCACGGGUUGUAUAGCACCCUUCAUGCGUAGCUCGCAGAGCUCCAAUGCUAUUAGGUGAGCGUCUGAAGCUAAGAGGCAUAAGGGACGAGGAGGGUACCUCUGUACGGGGAACGUUCGUAAAUCGAUGUGGUACCCAUUGACUGUCUGUAACACCAAUGCAUCUGUGGAUAGUUUUGGCCAAUUCUGGGAAAAAAAGUGAAACACGGCCGGCAGUCAUGGUUAGUUGAGACAUUGAUAAGUGUUGGCCUCUUACCUGUGGGAAUCUUGCGCGGGUACGUCCGCGACCACCACAUCCUCUGUCUGUGCCCCUUUGGUAGUAGGGGUAGUGUUGUCUAGAGAUGGUGUCCUGGGAAGUUUGUUGCGGGUAAAACUGCUGUGGGUGUCCCAUACGGGGGCCUGAUGGCUAGAAUCAGCUAGUGGCACAGCUCUGUUGCCGACCAGCCCAUGUGCAAGGGCUUCAGAGGUAACCCGUUGAAGGGCUACCUCUGACACCCUUGUGCAUGAAUGUGCGGGCUCUGUUCAGCAAGGUGAAUACGUUGACGUGCUUAUUAAGCUCUUUCAUAAAGGCCUCACCAAAAGGUUUACCCUGUGCAUGUGGGCCCAAUUCUUUUACCCCCAGAUCGGUCAGUUUUGGGUCUAUGCGGAAGAGUGCUGCACAGAGGGCCACAUUGGUAUGCCCGAGAAAGCAGAAACCCCUCUGGGUCCAUUCUCGGAUAUCAUGUGCCCAUUUGCGCACCAUGUCUGCAGUAAAUGAGUCUGCUCUGGCGUAAGCGUCAUCUGCCAGGUACAUCACACGGGCCAGUGGCCCCAUCGUGUCCAGGAGCUUGUCUUGCGCCCCUUUAAAGCUGCUCUCGACCCCUCUGCUCGAGUCGCAACCCCCUCGCUCCAUAAAGGCCAGCAUGAGUUGGUCGAAAACUCUGGCGUGAAAACCACCUUGUCUGUCAGGGAUGGUCUGGGGCACUUACUGCGCUUCAGCGGCGCCUUGCCUUUGUUGGCGGCCUUUUUGGUUGGACUCCUCGCCCUUCCAGUGGCGUUUCGCCGGGCGUUGUCUCUCCUUAGAGGAGUCAUCUGACUUAUCUGUGUCCUCCCUGGUAUGGGAAUGUUUGCCAACUGGCUUGUUAGUUUCAGAGGCCGUUGGUAACACCUUUGCCAUCGCCUUCUCCAAGGACACAGCCACCGCCGAGUUGAUCAUGGCCUGAAGGUCAGUCGGGUUCUGUGUGUCCUCCAUAAUUCUAACAUUAACAGGCACAGGAAUGAGAGGUGGAGGGACUGUGGGGGAGGGACUUAGACAGGCCAUAGGCCGUAUAAUGCUUUUUGCCCAGUGGCGUGGAAAGCAGACUCUGUAACACUGGGGCUCACCCAGGAGAGCGGAACUGCUUCAACAGAUUUCGUUAGACAGCACUCAGACUACGAGGGUAUACCUAACUGGCAGUCCCACUCCCCAGGGGUAACAACACCAACCUGUACAGGUACCAAUAGGAAUUCCCUAUUCACCUCUGGAAUUGGGUUGAAAAACCGUCAAAACUAGAGCCUUGUCUUGCUGAGAGUGAUACUCCGCCGAACCUACACCAACAAAAUGGCCGUCGCGGGUCUCGCCAGAGACCCAGGAUAGCUGGCAGGAAAAAGCCCAUGAAAGGCCACCGUGUUGAAGAGUCCACAAACAGAUGACCUACAGUGGAAUUGACCGUUCGUGUAGAUGGACCGUUCAUGCAAAUUUAGACGAAUGGUGAGCCUGUUUGCCGACCCAUUUGUGCAGAGAGGCAAACAGUGAGUGGCCGCUCUGUUCACGCAAUUAUAGUGCGAACAGGUGGAAGAAGACAAACACAGUUGCCAAAAUGCACAAACACAGUUGACAGCGCACUCUGUUCACACAGAAUACAGUGUGAACAGCGCGGGAAAGGAAGGUGAGAGUGGCGAACGUAGCCACCAGAUGGUGGUGGGCAAAGAUGCCACCUCAGAAUAGGUCUGAGGGGAGAGGGGAUAGCCCCUCCAACAGUUAACAGCUCAAAGUAAUACAAUAAUUAAUACAAUAAUUAAGGGAUUCCCUGUCACCCCCAGGAAAUAUAAACUAAACACAAUAAAGUCUAACAGAAGAUCAUAAUACGAUGUAAAAAUAAACAGUUAAGAAAUCAGUACUCUGACCUGACUUGUGAUGGAGCAGCAAAGAAAGUGGGAGUGAUUGGAUAUGCUUAGACUUAUAUAUACUCUGACUACGCUCUGAUUGGUUCUUUAUUUCAACUGUUUUGUCUUUGCUGCUAUGUAGUUCGUAAAGAAAGUUAAUGCAAAAUAUGAAGCCUCCUGUCAUGUUGUAAAAUUGAGUUUACUACAGUACUUAACCCAAUUAUCUCCCAGGUACAGAGGAAGGAUUAUUCUAUUUUAUGUGGAAGUGUCCUGGACCUGAGAGCCAAUGUCAUUGUGUGAUUGCUGGUACUGCACUCUACUCUCAGGUCCAGGGGGACCUUGCAUGGGGACCUGCAUAAAAGGCCAGUUGUGGCUGCCAUUAAACAGAAUGCUUUACCCUUUCAUGAAGGCUUGGCUCAUGUUUGGGGUAUUGGGAGUUAUAAUCACUACAACUUCUUCGGGAUAUUCUUCACGGAUAUACUCAGUCGGAGUAUAGGGAUCCGUUACUUAUUAGAAUAUUUAUUAUAUUUAGUAUUAGGGUAAGAGUAUUGCUAAUAUUAGUGUUCUGAGCACUUUUAGUAUUAAUGUUAGUAAAAGUGUUAUUAGUGCCAGUAUUAUCAGUAUUAUCAGUUCCUCCAAGCGCCACUCCCUGCCACCACUAGGAAGCAGUUACUUCCUCUAACUCUCCGUAGCUAAGCCAUGCAGUGCCAGGCUUAGCUCAUUGGCUGAGAGCAAUCAACUGACUUGAGUUGAGUUGUUUCUGCUUUGCAAAACUUAGCUCAGGAGAGCUAACAAACUCAUAGCAGCAACUUCUAGUUCUCACAAGCUGACGUGAAAGAGCUGGGAAUGUUGCCCAGUGGACCUCAGGUAAGAAGUCAAACCAUAACCAUUACAACACGCUGUAGUGGUUAUGGUGCAUGGAGUGUUCCUUUAAGUUGUUUGAAAUGUGAAUAUAUGUGAUAAUGAAUAAAAUAUUUUAGUGGAUAAGAAUAUAAUAGCUGAGAAUAAAUGAGAGUAACUCAGAAAAUCAAUACAAUUUCAUUAAUAAAUAGAAACAGGAGUCAGAGAGAUUAAAGGACCACUAUAGGCACCCAGACCACUUCAGCUCAAUGAAGUAGUCUGGGUGCCAGGUCCAUCUAGGAUUAACCCUGCCUGCUGUAAACAUAGCAGUUUCAGAGAAACUGCUAUGUUUACUUUAGAGUUAAUCCAGCCUCUAGUGGCUGUCUCAUUGACGGCGGCUAGAGGCGCUUUCGCGCUUCUCACUGUGAUUUUCCAUAGGAAAGCAUUGAUAAUGCUUUCCUAUGGACUGGCUGAAUGCGCGCACGCUCUUGCUGCGCAUGCACAUUCAGCCGAUGACGGCCAAAGGAGGAGGAGAGUCCCCAGUGCCUAGGGAGCCCGGUGCUGGAGAAAGGUGAGUGUUUAACCCCCUUCCUCUCCAUUCAACCCGGCGGGAGUGGGACCCUGAGGGUGGGGGCACUAAACAAACUCGUUUUCCUGGCACUAUAGUGGUCCUUUAAGAUCAUGGCUGCAUUAGACAUUUAAAAGGUUUUCUAAUUCAUGACCGAUUGAGCCAUCUCAGCAAUUUGAUUACCUCAUGGGAGGAAAAAAAACUAGAAAGAAAAUAGAAUUUCUGUUAAAUUAUGUAUUUCAGAGAGGAGUCUAUUCCUAUAUAUUACUAUAUUUUUAUUGUUUUAGUGCAUUAUGUCUACAAAUACAAUUACAGGUGAGAGGGUGCUUGUGGUAUUUAACAAAAUAAAGAAAUCCACAUGAAAUAGCCAUAAUGUCCUAUUGUCUGCUGUGAUCAUCAUCCGACAUUGUUCUUCCAGGAUUCGCCUGAGGCCUCGGAUGCUCCGGGAUGUUUCAGUAAUGGACACUCGGACAACAGUUCUGGGGACGGAGAUCAGCUGCCCGAUUGGCAUUGCUCCUACUGCCUUCCACUGCUUGGCAUGGCCCGAUGGAGAGAUGAGUACUGCCAGGGGUAAGUAGCCAAGCAGUUAAGAUAUCAUACUUACUAACAUGGAAAGUAAGUCCACCAUAGACAGCUGGAACCACAACAUCAUACGUAUUAACAUAGACAGCUGGAAACACAACAUCAUACGUACUAACAUAGACAGCUGGAACCACAACAUCAUACGUACUAACAUAGACAGCUGGAACCACAACAUCAUACGUACUAACAUAGACAGCUGGAACUACAACAUCAUUCGUACCCCAGAUGGGGGACGGGGCCAACUGGCUAUUGCCUCAACCUUGGCUGGCUCGGGCUUCUGCUUGCCACACCCACCUGGUGUCCUAGGUACUGUACCUCCGCCACCCCUAGGUUGCACUUGCUGGACUUUAGGGUUAAUCCUGCCUACUGAAUUCUGUCUAGCACAGCUCCUAUAUGGACCAGAUGCUCCUCCCAAGUGUAGCUGUAUAUUGCGAUGUCACCAGGUAUGCACAGGCGUAAUCCUGGAGGCCAUCCAACAGCUGGUCCACCACCUCUGGAAACUGUCCGGAACGUUCUUUAUCCCAAAUGGCAUUACCUUAAAUUGGUACAGCCCAAAUGGGGGGGAUGAAGGCCGACUUGGGAACAGCAUUUGCUGAUAAGGGAAUCUGCCAGUACCCCUUGCACAGAUCUAUCGUGGUGAGGUACCGGCCACGAGCCAUCCUAUCCAGCAGCUCGUCUAUACGGGGCAUCUUGUCGUUGAGCCUCAUGUAGUCUACACAGAACCUCAUGGCUCCGUCUCGCUAUGGUACCAGGACUACUCGGGAGGCCCAAGGACUCUUGGACGGUUCGACGACUCCUAUCUGGAGCAUCUCUUGGAUCUCCUGAUACAUACUCUCCCGCAACGCCUCUGGUACUCGGUACAUUUGCUUCUGUCACAGAGCUUUCGGGUCAGGGGUCUCUACCCUGUGGGUGGCCAGUGAGGUAUACCCGGGCAGGUUGGAGAAUGUCUCCCUCUUUGCAGGCAACAUCUGCUGAGCCUGUCUGUGCUCCUCCUCGGUUAGUUGGUCCCCCAAGUGGACAUCACCUAUGCAACCUGCCAUAGCUCCCUCCUCUAGGAGGUCAGGCAGGGGAAGAUUAUCAAAAUCGUCCGAGGCUGGCGCACAAAUGGCGGCCACAUCCUCUGUCCACUUCUGGUAGGGCUUCAGCAUGUUCACAUGUAACAGGCGCCUAAUUCCGGAACCCGAGCAUGGACCGAUCACAUAGGUAGUGUCACAUUUCUGUUCCACUACCCGGCAUGGGCCCUGCCAAGCAGCCUGUAGCCUGCCCUGCUGGACGGACCAAAACCUUCUGACCAACUUGAAAGCUAUGGCUCCUGGUUCCCCAAUCAUACCAUGUGCGCUGGCACCUCUGGUCCGCCUGGAGGUUCCUCCAGCCGGUCCCAAAACACCAGCAUGUAUGGAAUGAUGGGUGUAACGGACCGUUUUGCACACAAGGGGUAAAAACCGUUUAGGCUAUCGGCCCCCUUUCCAGAGAUACAGGCACAGCUACUGCAGAACACCAAACUCCCGAACUGGAUACAAAAUAGCACUCCAACUCCCGAACUGGAACCUCCCAAAUAGCUGCUAGCAGACGAACAGGAAAAGCAGACAAUCAGCUUACACUCCUGGCAAUCAGUCUCUAACAGCAUACAGUGAAUCCCCCCAAGAACGAGACAAGGCUCCGUGUUGAGGGUCAAGCAGUGGUCUCAGGUGCUGGCACACCCAGCCUGGUUUUUAUUACAGUCUUGCAAAUACAGGACCGCCCACAGGGAGGUAUAAAACAACCAAUCACAUCACAGUUACAUCCCACAUAUUCCCUCCCCUUAUCCUGAGAGGAAACUCAAUUACACAUACAGUUAAAACAUACUUUCUACCCAACUUUCAUAACUCUAAAACCAUACAUCACAUUCACAUAAAAUUACAUAUUCACAAUCAAUCCAUUCAGGGGAACAACAUAUUAAAAAAUGGCAUGAAUCUGACCAGGGGUUCAAAAGUUAGUAAAAGUAUCUUUUGAGCCCUGGCUGGCACAUGGCUAUCUGGCUCAAACAGGUUUUACAGAGCCCUCUAGCCUGGAGACAAUGGGGGAAAAGUAAUCCAAUUAUCCAGGGAUAGAGGCAGACUCCACUGAGCACAUGGUUGCAAAAAGACAUAAAACACUUUAAAAUACAUAAAGUCACCUUUUACACAUAACACACAGACAUUUCACAUAUCCCCAGAUAGCUGGGAUCUGAGCGCACAAAACUACCGAAUAGCGCUCAGAUCCUAUUCACACAGUUCAAUUGCCAUGGAGCCGAAGUCUUUAACUACACGAAUGGGCUCCAUGGCAUAGCUAUCUGGGUUAACACAUGUACAUAAAGUCUGGUCCAUAGUCCAAAGGCAGCAGGCGGGCAGCCAGGCUUCUCCAAUGCAAUGUGGCGAGAUUGCUCUCGUCACAAUGGGGGUUCCUUUCUGCUCCCCCUCUCCAUCCCAGUGCUCCUGGACAAGGUCUAGGGGCCUCCUAACCCUUCGUCCGAACAUUAGUUGGAAUGGGGAGAAACCUAUAGAUUCCUGGGGCACCUCCCGAUAUGCGAACAGGAGAUGCGGCAGGAAUCUCUCCCAGUCCUUACGAGUUGCUGCAAAGGUACGGAGCAUUUGCUUCAAUGUGCCAUUGAAGCGCUCGCACAGGCCAUUAGUGUGGGGCUGGUAUGGGAAGCUUAUGAUUGCUUUAAUGCCACAUAACCUCCACAGCUAUUUAGUCAUCUCGGCAGUAAACUGCAAGCUCUGAUCUGAGAAGAUCUCCCGGGGAAAACCCAUCCGGUAGAACACUUGCAUCAGGGCUUCAGUGAGAGCCAUGCCGGGUGGUGCGGGCUUGCUGCAGAGUCAUCACGGGGUAGGUCUACACAGGGGUCUGGGGGUGCACAUAGGUAGAGGUGAGGUGACCCAGAUCGUUGCCGAGUAGCACUUCUGCAGGUAGCUUCCACUUUCUUGUCUCCAAUGCCCCAGUCAAGGUGGACAUGGGCCAUAAGUAAGUGGUAGAUGGUUCCCUCUGCUACAUGAACGGCUAUUGUCCCGCCGUUCUUCUCCGCCUCUGCAACAUGCUGGGCUUUGUAAUAGUGUCAGGGUGGCUCCAGAGUCUCGUAGCCCCUAGGUGGUGCGUCCGUUCAGCCAGAUCGGCUGCCUGUGGUGGGCUGGGUUGUCGUGGCAGCUUGGAGGUGGUCCACCUCAUGGAUGAUGAGCCAAGUGUCUUCAGUGGUGGCUGGUGGGUACGUGGGGCAGCCUGGUAACAAUGGACUGCGGCUCUUGGGGCCGGGGCGACCACUGGGCGAACCCACCAUGGUGGGUCUCUGAGCUGGGAGCACUCUCUUUUGGGUUGUUGGCAGUGGUGGCACCUGGAGCCCACCUGGGUGGUACCAUGGCCCCGUGGCUGGUGGGUUUCUUGAUGGAGGGUAGGUCGGGGCUGCCAGGUUCGGGGGGGGGGGUCGGUAGCUGGGAGAAGUAGCAGGGCAUUGUGGCCACCGAUGUUGGCAUACUCAUCAGCCCACUGGGCUGCCUCCAUGAGAGUCUUGGACUGCCUGUCUCGCACCCAUUGCUGUAUAUCAGUAGUGAGCACGUUAUAAAAGUGUUCCAGCAUAAACAGCUGGAGGAUCUCUUUGGGAGACUCCGCCUGCUGUGAGUUCAUCCAGUUCUGGGUGGCUUGGUGACGCGGCAUGUGGCAUGUCCUUCUCCCUUUUCUUUGUCUCCUUGAACUUCCUGCGGUAUGCCUCCGGGGUUAUGGCAUACCUGAAUAGCAGGACCUGUUUCACAAAGUUCUUGCGGUAUGAUACUUAUGUGACAAGGUGUGAAGGUUCUAAACUAACGUUCUAAGUGGGGUAUUAGGGUGGUCCCCGUUCGGAAGGCGAAUGAAUUCCCUUCGUGAAGGCACUCCCGAAUGCAGAACGGGCACAAUACACGUAAAAUAAAAAAGGGCAAUUCACGGACAGGCAGCGGUCCUGCCACAAUGUCCAUUGCUAAAUAGUUAAUAUACAUUCAAGGAAAGAAUGUCGUGUCCCAGGGAUAAAAAGUUAACACAAGUUAAAGGAAAUUUCAAUGUUUUUAUUCAAUCAAUAAUAAUUUCUGUGUCAGUGAUGUCUACUAAUCUGUUUGGAGAAUGUCAUUCCUCAUCUAGAAUACACAGUAUUUCUGACAGUAUAAAUCGGGCACUGUCAUUAUAGGUUCAUCUCAUUUCAUAAUUAAUAGACAUUUUAUCAGAUGUUUGAUUUCUCUUGUUUACAUCGUGAAAAAAACCAGUAGUAAAUUUCUUCAUUUACCAUAUUGUUACGAGGAAUUGUACUGAUCUCACAGAUAUAGGGCUAUUUACUAAAAGAAGGAUUCACAGUGAAUUUUAAUUUUAAGAUCAAAAUAUCCGAACUAGAAAAAUCCUCUCAAUCAGCUGUGCUUUCAUUUUGGCUACUCUGGCCUUAAAUUUGCAAUUCACUUUUAAUUCACUUUUUUUCCCUUUAGUGAAUUUUGAUAUUUUCAUAUAAUGGUGUAACGGAUCACCUGGCACCCCGGGGAAAACCUGACUGGGUACCUCCUAGCGCUUCUUGAGGAUUCCAAGCACUCUAGCCGACACCACAACCACUGCAGGCCGAACCUCUCUUCCUUCAAAGCGAAGCAGGAACGAGCUCUUAAAAGAACUUAGGAGUGAUUAUAGCAAGGGAAUAUGCAGAACAUAGCAAUCCCUUGUAGCAGAUUCCCCCAAUAAGAGACAGGACUCCAAAUUGAGGGUGAAGUAGAACUGAGGUUUAAUGACACACACUCUGCUUUUAUGCAAUUCUCCCAUGCAAGGGAGACGCCCACAGACAAUUAUGAAUUACCCAAUCACACACUGGUUACAUCCCACACAUCUCCUCCUCUUAGCCUGAGACGUAACCCAAUUAGCCGUACAGUUUAAAACAUACUUUUUACCCCACUUUCAUAACUCCAAAACUAUACAUCCAAUAUUAAUAAAAGUCACAUAUUAUUAAUCAGCACAUUUCAAAUACAAACAUACCCAAAAAUCAUUUGAAUUCGUUCAGGCGUUCGGGAGAUAGAUAUAAGUCACUUUUGACCGACCGCAAGCACAUUUUCAUGCCCAAAAGAGUUCCAUAGAGUUGGGCUGUGCGGUCGGUCAAUUUCACACAGAAAAAUGUCUCAUUCGAAUGCACGAAUGGGGCCAUUCGUGUAAAUAGGUCCGUCUAACAGUGCAUUCGAAUUGUCGAACGCACUUUGAUUCCAGCCGAAGCGUCGAAGUUCAUGAGAAGGUAAGGGUCAGCGGUGUUCGUGCAAAUGUGUAGCCGAGAUUCAAUGGCACGCACCACUGACCGCGUUCGACUAAAUUAAAAUGGCCGCCACCACGUGUUCGGUUUUCGAAUGGCGGCCACUUCGACUACUUCGGCACUUUGACUGCAUCCAAAGUGCCAGUUUAAAAGUACAAAUCCUUUCUCUGGGAGUAAAAGGGCCAGCAGCAGCACAACACAAAUCCAUUAUGCCCAAAUCAUGUCUUUAAAGGGCAAUACAUCCCAGGGGCCAUAGUCACAUGGCAGGAGGCUGGCAAUCAGUCUUCUCCAAUGCCCAGUGGCGAGGCUGGUUCCGCCACAAAUGGUUUUUCUUUUUCAUUUAGAAUUAGUUUAUUAAACUCAAAGCUCAGGGUCUUAGUAUUUUUUCUUAAUUUAGUGGAUUCAGAAAUAUAUCCAAAAAAUAUAUAUAUUUCCCAGAAACUCCUGCUUGAUGUUUUCCCAUAUAAGAGUGUGUUGCAGCAGUACAGGGGUGCGUUCACAAAGCCGCUAGCCACCCCUCGUUAAAAUAAAUGGGAAGAUCUAGUAAAGAAGAGUGGGGACCUAAAUAUUUUCACUCUGAUUUGUAUUAAUUAAUUAAAUAUAUUUUGAUAAUUAUAUUUAAUUUAUUUUUAAACAUUAUGAAUUAUUUAGUAUUAUCCAUUGAACAAAGGGAGUUACAAUAUAAUUUUAAAAUACUUUUUUGGUUUAAAUGAAAUUGAGAUCAUUAUAGUGCUGAUUCUAGUUUAACGCUUACUUGAGGGUCGAUAACAAAGUAAAGAGUCUGGUGCUUAUUCUCCAAUAAUCUGUCUGUUAAUAUUGCACUUGUUUUGGGUAAUAUUCUGUGUGUGAUUAUUACAUACCGGUUAUGAGUAAAGCAUUUUAUGCUCACUGUAUUAAUGAUAACGUGAAGACAUUUGGGAAUGUGUUUGUGUCUCCUAGCGGCUGAGUCGUUGAACCUUUGCUAUGUGGCCAGUACUUAUUCCACCUGCUCGGUGGAGGAGAUUGUGACGGCAGCACCGGACGGAUUCCGAUGGUUCCAGCUCUACGUUUACCGAGACCGCAAGUUGUCGGAGCAGCUGGUGCACCGGGUGGAGGCUCUGGGCUUCAAGGCACUUGUUCUUACUGUGGAUGUUCCAUACACCGGCAAGAGGAGGAGCGACAUCCGCAACAACUUUCGACUGCCACCACAUCUCAAGGUGAAGAACUUUGAGGGCGUGUUUGAGGUAAGGGAAGCACAUCGUCUUUCAUUGAGCCUUAGUGUAUGGGAAGUAGUGGGCAUCACUGGAAGAGAUUUAAAGCGACUCUGUUAUGUUUUUUUUUCUUUUUGUUUUACUUUUUUAAUGCCCCUUGUACCUUGCCACUUGCCUUUAUUUAUAUUUAUUAUCUUUUCUUCAAUAUCUGGAUGCGGCCAUUUUGUUUCAUGAUGUCUGCUGGUUGCCCUUUAUGUGGGAUUGAUUUUACUGAUGGAUUGUGGGUAAAUUUUCAUUAGUAGCUGAAACAGACAACCUUCAGCUAUAGCUUGUAUCCGAGGUUUUCCUGCAAUGUGCAGAGAGAUUUAAUACACAGUUACUGUAUCAGUGCAGGGGCGGGGUUAUGAUAUACACAGUUACUGUAUCAGUGCAGGGGCGGGGUUAUUAUAUACACAGUUACUGUAUCAGUGCAGGGGCGGGGUUAUGAUAAAUACAAUUACUGUAUCAGUGCAGGGGCGGGGUUAUGAUAUACACAGUUACUGUAUCAGUGCAGGGGCGGGGUUAUGAUAAAUACAGUUACUGUAUCAGUGCAGGGGCGGGGUUAUGAUAUACACAGUUACUGUAUUAGUGCAGGGGCGGGGUUAUGAUAAAUACAGUUAUUGUAUCAGUGCAGGGGCGGGGUUAUGAUAUACACAGUUACUUUAUCAGUUUAGGGGGGGAUUAUGAUAUAUACAUUUACUGUAUCAGUGCAGGGUUAUGAUAAAUACAGUUACUGUAUCAGUGCAGGGGCGGGGUUAUGAUAUAUACAGUUACUGUAUCAGUGCAGGGGCGGGGUUAUGAUAAAUACAGUUACUGUAUCAGUUUAGGGACGGGGUUAUGAUAUACACAGUUACUGUAUCAGUACAGGGGCGGGGUUAUGAUAUACACAGUUACUGUAUCAGUGCAGGGGCGGGGUUAUGAUAAAUACAGUUAUUGUAUCAGUGCAGGGGCGGGGUUAUGAUAUACUCAGUUACUGUAUCAGUGCAGGGGCGGGGUUAUAAUAAAUACAGUUACUGUAUCAGUGCAGGGGCGGGGUUAUGAUAAAUACAGUUAUUGUAUCAGUGCAGGGGCGGGUUAUUAUAUACACAGUUACUGUAUCAGUGCAGGGGCGGGGUUAUGAUAAAUACAGUUACUGUAUCAGUGCAGGGGCGGGGUUAUGAUAUACACAGUUACUGUAUCAGUGCAGGGGCGGGGUUAUGAUAAAUACAGUUAUUGUAUCAGUGCAGGGGCGGGGUUAUGAUAUACUCAGUUACUGUAUCAGUGCAGGGGCGGGGUUAUAAUAAUACAGUUACUGUAUCAGUGCAGGGGCGGGGUUAUGAUAAAUACAGUUAUUGUAUCAGUGCAGGGGCGGGGUUAUGAUAUACACAGUUACUGUAUUAGUGCAGGGGCGGGGUUAUGAUAAAUACAGUUAUUGUAUCAGUGCAGGGGAUGAUAAAUACAGUUAUUGUAUCAGUGCAGGGGCGGGGUUAUGAUAAAUACAGUUAUUGUAUCAGUGCAGGGGCGGGGUUAUGAUAUACACAGUUACUGUAUCAGUGCAGGGGCGGGGUUAUGAUAAAUACAGUUACUGUAUCAGUGCAGGGGCGGGGUUAUUAUAUACACAGUUACUGUAUCAGUGCAGGGGCGGGGUUAUGAUAAAUACAGUUACUGUAUCAGUGCAGGGGCGGGGUUAUGAUAUACACAGUUACUGUAUCAGUGCAGGGGCGGGGUUAUGAUAAACACAGUUACUGUAUCAGUGCAGGGGCGGGGUUAUGAUAUACACAGUUACUGUAUCAGUGCAGGGGCGGGGUUAUGAUAAAUACAGUUAUUGUAUCAGUGCAGGGGCGGGGUUAUGAUAUACUCAGUUACUGUAUCAGUGCAGGGGCGGGGUUAUAAUAAAUACAGUUACUGUAUCAGUGCAGGGGCGGGGUUAUGAUAAAUACAGUUAUUGUAUCAGUGCAGGGGCGGGUUAUUAUAUACACAGUUACUGUAUCAGUGCAGGGGCGGGGUUAUGAUAAAUACAGUUACUGUAUCAGUGCAGGGGCGGGGUUAUGAUAUAUACAGUUACUGUAUCAGUGCAGGGGCGGGGUUAUGAUAAAUACAGUUACUGUAUCAGUUUAGGGACGGGGUUAUGAUAUACACAGUUACUGUAUCAGUACAGGGGCGGGGUUAUGAUAUACACAGUUACUGUAUCAGUGCAGGGGCGGGGUUAUGAUAAAUACAGUUAUUGUAUCAGUGCAGGGGCGGGGUUAUGAUAAAUACAGUUAUUGUAUCAGUGCAGGGGCGGGGUUAUGAUAUACACACUGUUCCUAUAAGCACAGCAAAGUAAUAUUUGUAUGUGUAAGUUCCAACCAAUCACAGUCAGUUUGAAUUAUGCAGCCUCUAGUUAAAUUCAUUAUUUUCACCUUUCUGCUUUAUUUAAUAAAUUGACACCCGUUUACCCACAACUAGCGUGCCGCUUCAUUAACACAACAACAAAACAUUACAAUGGUUAAGGGAUGAAGUUCCCAUAUAAAUACUGACUGCGCCCUCGCAAGGGAAGGGGAGGAGUUAUAAUAUAUUUUUCAUUUUCAUUCAUUUUUUUUUUUUGCAUUUUUUUGUUGCACUAUUUUUUUUACAUUUGUCGGGUGUUUUUUGUCUUUUACUUAUUUCAUGCCUGAUUACACUGUGACCGCAGGGGAUGGCGCAGAAUGAGUUUAUCCCUACAAAAAGGAAAAUAAACUCUAAAGAAAGCAUAAUUUCAAUGUUUAUGGGAUCUUAUUGUUACAAACAUUUGAAAAAGUGCUUCAUUAUUUAUACACCAACAUUUAUUUCACAGGCACAUGACAGAAUGUUUAUUAUUUGGCUAAGUAGCUUCCAUGUUGUGCAGCCUCCAUAUUUCCCUUCUACCACUUGUUGCCAUAGGAACACUACGGCCCUGAUAAUUACGGUGUCCCAGCCAACACCUUGGACCCGUCCAUCAGCUGGAAGGAUGUCUAUUGGCUGAGAAGUCUAACCCGUCUGCCAAUCAUAAUCAAGGGGAUUCUGACGAAGGAGGAUGCAGAGCUGGCCGUGGAACAUGGAGUACAGGGAAUCAUAGUGUCCAAUCAUGGAGGACGCCAGCUGGAUGGGGAACUUGCCACGGUACGCACGUUCGACUAACACACCACCUUUCAAAGUCUGGAUUCAACCGAGGCCAAGUGCUUUAACAUAUUUAGAUUAUUAUUAUUAUUAUUAUUAUUAUUAAGGAGGAAAUCAUUAGACAGAGAUUAACACAAAUAGGGUUAUUCACCACAGUGAAAUUUGUUGGGAAUUCGAAGUGAAUUAAAUUUCAAAGUGAAUUUCAAAUUUAGGCUACAGAAGCUAUUUAGUGAAUCGAGGCUGCGAUCCCAUAAUCCGCAGUCUGUAUGUAGUGAAUCGGGGCUGCGAUCCCAUAAUCCACAGUCUGUAUGUAGUGAAUUGGGGCUACGAUCCCAUAAUCCGCAGUCUGUAUCUAGUGAAUCGGGGCUGCGAUCCCAUAAUCUACAGUCUGUAUGUAGUGAAUCGGGGCUGCGAUCCCAUAAUCCACAGUCUGUACGUAGUGAAUUGGGGCUACGAUCCCAUAAUCCGCAGUCUGUAUGUAGUGAGUCGGGGCUGCGAUCCCAUAAUCCGCAGUCUGUAUGUAGUGAAUCGGGGCUGCGAUCCCAUAAUCCGCAGUCUGUAUGUAGUGAAUCGGGGCUGCGAUCCCAUAAUCCGCAGUCUGUAUGUAGUGAAUCGGGGCUGCGAUCCCAUAAUCCGCAGUCUGUAUGUAGUGAAUCGGGGCUGCGACCCCAUAAUCCGCAGUCUGUAUGUAGUAAAUCGGGGUUACGAUCCCAUAAUCCGCAGUCUGUAUGUAGUGAAUCGGGGCUGCGACCCCAUAAUCCGCAGUCUGUAUGUAGUAAAUCGGGGUUACGAUCCCAUAAUCCGCAGUCUGUAUGUAGUGAAUCGGGGUUACGAUCCCAUAAUCCAGUCUGUAUGUAGUGAAUUGGGGCUGUUAUCCCAUAAAUCAGUCUUUAGGUAGUGAAUUAGUGUUUGUGUAAUGUAUGUGCUAUGUAUAUGUAAUUCUAGAGCUGUGUCUGUGUCUCUAUGUUUAUGUAAUUAUAGAGCUGUGUCUGUGUGUGUCUAUGUAUAUCAAAUUCUAGAGCUGUGUCUGUGUCUCUAUGUUUAUGUUAUUAUAGAGCUGUGUCUGUGUGUGUCUAUGUAUAUCAAAUUCUAGAGCUGUGUCCGUGUGUGUCUAUGUACAUGUAAUUAUAGAGCUGUGUGUCUCUAUGUAUAUGUCGUCUGUGGUUAUAAAUUGGGGCAGUAACUUAAUCUGUUCCUCUGUUCAUGCUAUAGAUUGAUGCCCUCUCGGAGAUUGUGGACGCAGUGCAAGGUCGGAUUGAGGUGUACAUAGAUGGAGGAAUCCGGACAGGGAGUGAUGUGUUGAAGGCACUGGCUCUGGGAGCAAAGUGUGUGUUCAUUGGCCGGCCUAUUGUGUGGGGUCUAGCUUACAAGGUGUGACAUGGGGGGCAUUGUAUGGGGGCAGGGUUACAGGGGGAGCAUUAUGAAGAGGUAUUGGUUACAAGAUGUGAUAUGGGGGUAUUGUGAAGGUGUGACAAUGGGGGCAUUGUGAAGGGGCAGGGUUUCGAGGUGUGACAUGUGGGUAUUGUGAAGGGGUGGGGUUACAAGGUGUGACAAUGGGGGAAUUGUGAAGGAGUGGGGUUACAAGGUGUGACAUGGUGGUAUUGAGAAGGGGUGGGGUUACAAGGUGUGACAUGGGGGUAUUGAGAAGGGGUGGGGUUAAAAAUGUGUGACAUGGGGGUAUUGUGAAGGGGUGCGGUUACAAGUUGUGACAUGAGGGUAUUGUGAAGGGUUGGGAUUACAAGGUGUCACAAUGGGGGAAUUGUGAAUGGGCAGGGUUUCGAGGUGUGACAUGUGGGUAUUGUGAAGGGGUGGGGUUACAAGGUGUGACAAUGGGGGAAUUGUGAAGGAGUGGGGUUACAAGGUGCGACAUGGGGUAUUGUGAAGGGGUGGGGUUACAAGGUGUGACAUGGGGGUAUUGUGAAGGGGUGGGGUUACAAGGUGUGACAGUGGGGGAAUUGUGAAGGGGUAGGGUUACAUGGUGUGACAUGGGGGUAUUUAAAAGGGGUGGGGUUACAAGGUGUGAAAUGGGGGCAUUGUGAAGGGGCGUGGUUACAAGGUGUGACAUGGGGGUAUUGUGAAGGGGCAGGGUUACAAGGUGUGACAUGGGGGGGUAUUGAGAAGGGGUGGGGUUACAAGGUGUGACAUGUGGGUAUUGUGAAAUGGGGUUACAAGUUGUGACAAUGGGGGAAUUGUGAAGGAGUGGGGUUACAAGGUUCGACAUGGGGUAUUGUGUGAAGGGUGGGGGUUACAAGGUGUGUGACAUGGGGGUAUUGUGAAGGGGUGGGGUUACAAGGUGUGACAAUGGGGGAAUUGUGAAGGGGUAGGGUUACAUGGUGUGACAUGGGGGUAUUUAGAAGGGGUGGGGUUGCACACCCUCUAAAUCCAGUUCACAAUGGGGGCAUUGUGAAGGGCUGGUUCAAGGUGUGACAUGGGGGUAUUGUGAAGGGGCGGGGUUACAAGGUGUGACAUGGGGGUAUUGAGAAGGGGUGGGGUUACAAGGUGUGACAUGGGGGUAUUGAGAAGGGGUGGGGUUACAAGGUGUGACAUGGGGGUAUUGUGAAGGGGUGGGGUUACAAGGUGUGACAUGAGGAUAUUGUGAAGGGUUGGGGUUACAAGGUGUGACAAGGGGGAAUUGUGAAGGGGCAGGGUUUCGAGGUGUGACAUGUGGGUAUUGUGAAGGGGUGGGGUUACAAGGUGUGACAAUGGGGGAAUUGUGAAGGAGUGGGGUUACAAGGUGUGACAUGGGGUAUUGUGAAGGGGUGGGGUUACAAGGUGUGACAUGGGGGUAUUGUGAAGGGGUGGGGUUACAAGGUGUGGCAAUGGGGGAAUUGUCAAGGGGUGGGGUUACAUGGUGUGACAUGGGGGUAUUGAGAAGGGGUGGGGUUACAAGGUGUGAAAUGGGGGCAUUGUGAAGGGGCGUGGUUACAAGGUGUGACAUGGGGGUAUUGUGAAGGGGCGGGAUUACAAGGUGUGACAUGGAUGUAUUGAGAAGGGGUGGGGUUAAAAGGUGUGACAUGAGGGUAUUGUGAAGGGGUGGGGUUACAAGGUGUGACAAUGGGGGAAUUGUCAAGGGGUGGGGUUACAAGGUGUGACAUAGGGGUAUUGUGAAGGGGCGGGUUUACAAGGUGUGAAAUGGAGGCAUUGUGAAGGGGCGUGGUUACAAGGUGUGAAAUGGGGGCAUUGUGAAGGGGUGGGGUUACAAGGUGUGACAAUGGGUGGCAUUGUGUUAAAAUUCUGCUAAAAGGAACCAGAAUAAUUAAAAAGAAACUGUCACUCGUCUGGAAUUGACACAAAUGGAUACAACAUAAAAAUUGCCUAUAACUUGUCUGUAGCGGAGCUCCAAUACCCAGUUUAGGUAUCUCAGCUAUUCCUUCCUCGAAGCUGAAAGAAAGACUACAGAUAAUCCAAGACCCUUUCCCCCCAGCAACUAGAGGACACAUAGUUCUGGGAGUCAGCUGAUUUUAUUUUGGCCACACACAGCUUUUAUGCAUGGACCCCUGGCAUGGGAUCUGCCAAAUCAAAAAUACAAGGGUUUUCCUCCCAGGAUUCUCUGUUUCUGAGAGAUAACUGCAUGAGAAAACUAUAAUUACAUUUUCUCUCAGAUACAGGAAAACAUACAAUAUUUCUAAAACACCCCAAAAACAUUUUAAUAACAUAGGAACCCCACGAAAGUCACAUCACCGAAUAGCUUAGAUCUGAGCACCCACUUUGUCAAUAUAUUGCUGAGAUACCUUCGGUCGUUCGAACAAAGUUUUGAUCGGUCGGCCACGAGGUUAUGCCCCAAAACAGUUCCAGAGAAAACAAGGCAAAAACCAUCUUUUGGGGGUUCUCACACGAACACCAGUGGAUGCAUCCCCUGGCUGUUAGGGAGCGAAUGUUCAGUAGUUUAUGCCUUCCAAACGCCGUUCUCAUAGCUGUUCGGGAAGUUGGAUGGGCAGCAGUACUAGUUUGAGUGGUCGCGUAUCCGAAAAUAGUUCCACGCUGUCGACGACCAUGUAUCGCUGCCUGCAUUCGGGAGACAAAAUGGCCACCAAUUAUUGGAACACGUGUGUUCAGUAUUAUGAACGGCGGCUACACAGGGAAAACACUUGUACUAAUGACCAAUUUGUGGUUAACAGCCAGGGGUGGUCAGUGUUUAGUAGGUGCUAACAAAAUAAAUUAGUGUGGUGUGAGCACUUUAAAAUGUAAAUUUGCUCGGAUUCCUACAGGGGGACAGGGGGUCAAGUGAACAGGACAGAGGACAUAGACCCUCAGUAGAACAACUGACAAUACGAGAUGCACAUGCAGAGGGGGGAACACCGGUACUCACACAGUUCAAUCUAUAUUGGGACACAGCUCAGUUAUGAUAAAUGUUACUGUUCAGGUUUAUAUUGAUCUGCACCACUGUUUGGCGGAUACAGUUACAAUUACUAGUUGUACCCAUGCAAAGAUGCGCUUAACAGAAACCGAUGGGUCCGCAGGAACAUUAUGGAGAACAUUGUCAGAGAGAGCCCUGCUCCAAAUUGCAAAUGUCAAAUGAUUGUAAUAGCCAAUACAAGCAAACUACUGUAUAAUGCAAGUUCCAAUCAGAAUAACACUGUAUGUAAACACAAGUAACAUAAGUAACAAUAAACCGCUUUAACCCCUUAAGGACAGAGCUUCAAAAGCUUGUCUUUCACUUAAUGACAACAGCAUUUUUUUCAUUUUUUGCUGUUUGCGUUCAACUGCAAUUUGCAUUUUACUAAUUUGUUGCACCAACACAUAUUAUAUAAAGGAUAGAAAGGGCUUUAAUUUGAUGUAACACACAUAUAUAUACAUGCUUAUUUAUUAUAAAAAAAAUACAGAAAAAUGUAAAAAAAAAAAUGAAAAUUUUGGUGUUUUUUUUUACAGUUUUUGCAAUAAUAAUGUGUGCAUAAUUAGUGCAGGUUAAGAAAAGUAAUUAAAAAUAAAUUCAUUUAGUUGUUCUGAUUUACAGAAUAUAUAAUGUGUCUGGGAUUUUAAGUUUUUUUUUUGGUAGUUACAGGUCACAAAGCACAAGGAGUAAAAUAGACUUUUAAUGUGGAGCGAUCUUAGAAUUUGGUAUGUUUGUCUUGUAAGCUUAAUAGCCAUAAAAGAAAACACAAUUGCCACACAGAAGUAUAUAUUUAUAUAAAGUAGAAAUCACAGGCUAUUUGCCUAAGGUUGUUUUGACACUUUCUACGUAGCCAUUUCACCGCCAACCUCUGCUAAAUAUUGGAGUUAAAUUUUGUGUUUUUUUGGUUUUUGGCACACAAACUUAUAACAAAGAAAUUCUCAUGUAUAUUUUGUAAAGUUGGUGUGUGCUAUUCCUGUACAAAGUUUUAUUUUGUGUUCAGUUACAUCUGCUGAGUAAAAUGACACCCCCAUUGUAUGUCUUUUGCACUAUUUCGUGAAGUUACAGUGCCAUACAGGAUACCUGUCCUUUUCAGUAUUCACAGUAGAAUUUUGAGAGAUUAAUUUAAUGAGCCUUAGCUUCCAUUUGGGGUAUUAUAACAGUUUGACUGUUCAAAAAAAACCCACAAAGGCCUACCAUUUGUAAAAGUAGACACUCCAGGGUAUCUCAUAAGGUGCAUAUUGUGCCUUAACAUGCCCCCAUUUUUUCUGAGUAAAAAGACACCCCCAAUGAAUGUCUUUGGCACUACUUCGUGAAGCUACAGUGCCAUAUACCAAGCCAUAUCCGUUUUUACCGAACUUUGAAUUUUGACGCUGGGCCUAUGUGCAAUUUCCAAGCAUCUUCGCAGGUUUUAAAUUCAAACUACCCCACAAAGGCCUACCAUUUCUUAAAGUAGACACCCCAGGGUGUUUCAAAAGGUACCGUAUAUACUUGAGUAUAAGCCGAGUUUUUCAGCACAUUUUUUGUGCUGAAAAACCCCAACUCGGCUUAUACUCAAGUCAAUGUCUGUAUUAUGGCAACUUACAUUGCCAUAAUACAGACUGGGGGCUGGCAGCGAGCGCUUACCUCUCCUGCAGCUCCUGUCAGCUCUCUCCUCCUCCGCGCCGGUCCGGUCAGCACCUCGGUCAGCUCCCAGUGUAAGUCUCGCGAGAGCCGCGGGGUCAUAGUGCGGCUCUCGCGAGACUUACAGUGUGAGCUGAGAGAAGAGCUGCAGGAGAGGUAACAGCUCUGCCAGCCCCCCUCCUCCCCCCACUGAACUGCCAAUGCCACUGGACCACCAGGGAAGGAGAGCCCCCCUCCCUGCCAUGUAUCAAGCAGGGAGGGGGGACAACAAAAUAAAUAAAUUUAUAAUAUAUUAAUAAAAAUAAUAAUAAUAAAAAAUAAUAAUAUAACAAAAUAAUUAAAAUAAUAUUAAUUAAUAAUAUAUAAAUAAUAAAAAAAAUAAUAAAAAUAAUAAUAUAACAAAAAAAAUUAAAUUAAUAAUUUUUUUUUUAUAAAAAUGCCCACCCCCCACCAAGGCUCUGCAACACAAACACACACUGCAUCACACACACACACACACACUGCAUUCAUACACACACACUGCAUUCAUACACACACACUGCACUCAUACACAAACACUGCAUUCAAACACACACACUGCACUCAUACACACACUGCACUCACACACACACACUGCACUCACACACACACUGCAUUCAUACACACACUGCAUUCAUACACACACACUGCACUCAUACACACACUGCGCACUCAUACACACACUACGCACUCAUACACACACACUGCAUUCAUCAUAUACACACACUGUAAAUAUUUAAUUAAUAUAUUUUUUUUAGGAUCUAAUUUUAUUUAGAAAUUUACCAGUAACUGCUGCAUUUCCCACCCUAGUCUUAUACUCAAGUCAAUACGUUUUCCCAGUUUUUUGGGGUAAAAUUAGGGGCCUCGGCUUAUAUUCGGGUCGGCUUAUACUCGAGUAUAUACGGUAUAUACGGUAUAUUUUGAACCGUAGCGUUGGGAUAAUUUUUCCGCUAGCUUGUACCAGAUGUAGUGGUAAUAAGCGUUUUUUCUGCCUUUUUGACAUACAAAGUGAGUUUGCACAGUAUAUUUUGCAAACCUUAUGUGUGCUAUGACUGUAUAAUACUUCAUAUGUUGCUCAGUUAUGUAGGCUGAGUACAGCAAUACUCCCGUAUGUACCUUUGCCAGGUAUGUGUGGACAUCGGAGGGACACAUUUGGGACACAGCCAUUCCAGUUUUUUUUCAUCCCAGGGUAUUUCAAAAGGCAUAUUUUAAACCUUAGCGUGGGAUCAUUUUCCGCUAGCUUGUACCAAGUGUAGUGGUAAUAAGCGUUUUUUCUGCCUUUUUGACACACAAAGUGAGUUUGCACAGUAUAUUUUGCAAACCUUAUGUGUGCUAUGACUGUAUAAUACUUCAUAUGUUGCUCAGCUAUGUCGGCUGAGUACAGCAAUACCCCUGUAUGUACCUUUGCCAGGUAUAUGUGGAUGUUUAAGGGGCGCAUUUGAGACGCAGCCAUUCAGUUUUUUUCUAACUUUGAAGUUUUACGCUGUGUCCAUGUUCCAAUUUGGAGUAGUUUAGAUGGUUGGUUAUUGAAACUUCUCCACAAACACAUACUAUUUAUUAAAGAAUACACCCUGGGGUAAUUCAAAAGGCAUAUUUUGAACCUUGGCGUGGGAUAGUUUCUCUAGUUUGUUCCAGGUGUAGUGGUAAUGAGCAUUUUUAAAAUGUAUUUUUUUACUUUUUUUACUUUUUUACGUUAAAAAAAUAGUUUUUAAACUUUUGUUUUGCUUAUGAAUUUUUUUUAAACUUUCCUAAACUUUCUUAAAACUUUUUUACAGAUUUAACAUUUUUCUAAGCUUUUUUUUUACUGUUACAGAAAGCAGCACUAACAGUAAAUUCCCCAUUUUCCCAUAACUCCCACCCACCCCAGCUAGCAAAAUAUAUAAUUAUAAAAUAUUUAAAUUAAUUAAUUAAAUAAAUUGAACCCCUGAGGGUUAAAAAAAUAAAUAAAAGUUAAUCCUCAGGGGUUAAAAAAAAUUAGAUCACAGUAUAAUACUGUGAUCUCUAUUUGAUCGCUGUAGGCAGUGAUCGACUGGCAGGGAAGGGGUUAAUUUUUAUUUGGACUAGGUAAAGGGGGGUGUUUUUUAUUUUUUACUUAAACAUUAUUAAAACUUUUUUUUAAGCUUAAUUUUUAACUUUUUAAAGUUUAUUUUAAAACUUUUUUUAAUGUUAACCCCUAGUUAGCCUAACGCCAAAUCCCCCAAUUCCCCACUAACUUCCACCCACCCACCCCAGCUAGCUAAAUAUAUAAUUUUAAAAUAUUUUAAUGAAUUAAUUAAAUAAAUUUAACCCCUGAGGGUUAAAAAAAAAAGAAUUAACCCUCAGGGGUUAAAAAAAAAAAAAAUCAGAUCAUAGUAAAAUGUAAUCCCUGCCAAUUGAUCACUGUAGUCAGUGAUCAAUUGGCAGGGAAGGGGUUAAUUUUUUAUUACAAUGGGUAAAGGGGGACUUUAAAUAAACUUAUUUUUUUUUCCUAUAGUGGGCAGGAUCAGCACUGUUCCGGCUCCCUGCACGUCACACAGAACCAGGAAGUGCAGGGAGCCAGAAGGUAAGUAUACAGAGCACAUGUGCUCGCUCUGACUUGCGGUCAGAGCGAGCACAUGUGCUGGGCAGCCUGACCGGGUACUCCCGGUAUGCCUCUAAUACAGAGGCAUACCGGAGCACCAUUAACCCCGCGAUAGCGGCGAUCCGGGGUUAAUUUUACCGCGUGACGGACGAGGUCCGUCACCCGUCCUUAAGGGGUUAAUAACUAAAAUGUAAAUGUUAUUGAUUGAUGUUAAAAUAUCCCAAAAAAGGGGGUAUUGAGGUAUCUGUAGAUAAAUACAUAGAACGAAAUAGAAAGAAAUAGUAUAUAAAGUAGAACAAAGGGGGUGAAAAAAAAUAAUACAAAAUGAUGAUAAAAAUCUCUCUAAGUCAGCGGGAUACAAAAGGAGUUAAAAGUUAAUAGUACACAUUUAGGCACAGAUAUUUCCUGGUAGGAUAGUGGAUAAUAAAGUAUCAAGUAUACCACUUAUGGCCUGCAGAGUAACUGUUGCAAUUGUGUAUCACAUAGCUCUAUGCAGAAAGCUAAUAGUAAUGUGUCCAACAAGAUUAGAGUAUUUGCCUUAAAAGAGCAUUAUAGUGCCAGGAAAACAAAUUGUUUUCAUGGCAUUAUAGGGUCAUUAGGUCCCCCCACCUUCAGGACCCCCCUCCUGCUGGGCUGAAGGGGUUAAAACCUCUUCAGCCACUUACCCUCCUCCAGUGCCGGGCUCCCUAUGUGCUGGGGAACUCUCCACCCCCUGCCAACGUCAGAUCUGGCCGUGCACGCAUUCAAACAGCCCAUAUGAAAGCGUUUCUCAGUGCUUUCCUAUGGACGCUGACGUCUUUUCACUGUGAAAAUCACAGUGAGAAGCGCCUCUAACGACUGUCAAUGAGAAAGCCACUACAGGCUGGAUUAACCCUCAUUGUAAACAUAGCAGUUUUUCUGAAACUGCUAUGUGUUCAGCUGCAGGGUUAAAACUAGGGGGACCUGGCACCUAGACCACUUCAUUGAGCUGAAGUGGUCUGGGUGACUAUAGUGGUCCUUUAAAGUAAUAGUAAUAUAAUCGCAUUUUGAUAUGCACAGAUAUUAGUCUGCAAGUGUAACCAUUUCUGCCUAUAUUACUAUUACUCUGCUGCAAAUAUUCUAAACUUGUUGGUCUAUCUGCAAGUUCAAAGUCGCUGGUCAGUCUGUAGCCCAUGGAGCAAUGUAGUUAGGGGAAUGGGCCUUGACAGGGCCAGAAAGUAGGCAUGUAUUUUAUUAAUAUUUGGGGGCAGACAUGUGGUUAUAAGGGGAAAUAGCACAGCCAUCUUAGAGAGAGGCCAUUUUUAUUUACAACUUACCUGUUACUUGUCCCUCCCACCCUCCCUGUGGUUAGUUGUUGUUCCCCGUUUGGUCACAGCGGCGGGUGUGGCAAGGUUUAGGCUGCAUUAGGCAGGGGUGGUUCAAUUGGUUGGUAUGUUCGAGCUCAUCGGUGACUCUGAAUCUGGGGGUGUAGGGGUGUCUCGGUACACCCCUACAAUUUAAGCAGUUGGAUAUGGGCCUUGUAACGGCUACCCAGCUAAAGUGAGGGUAUCAGCUGUUGGGGACAUCCUUUUCUUCCCGGCAAGUCGCUGUAUAGUGAUUGAGUUGCUUAUUCCCCUCUGCUGGAUCAGAAGUAGAAGUCAGGUACAGCUCUGAAAAGAGCUCAGUGAUUAAGCUGCAGAGAUUCCCCUUUCAAGAACAAGACAAGGCUACGUUUUGAAGGGUCAUGAAGAACUAAAGCUUUAAUGACAGACACUCUCUUUUAUGUGAUUCUGCCCAUGCAAGGGAGACACCCACAUAAUUAACAAUACAGCCAAUAAACACAAUAUACAUCCUGUACAUCUCCUCCCCUUAGAUAACCACAUAACAUAAUUGAAAAUGAACAUGUUUUUCCCCAAAGUUUGGAUGUACCCCAAAUCCUUAGAGUACAGGCAUAAAUUGUGGUGUCCCCAGAUAGCUUAUUUCUGGGGGACUAAUAUAUCCAAAAAUUAGCUCAUUUGGUUCAGCCGUUCGGGAGAUAUGGGACUUGAAAGUUUUGACCGACCACACGGGCAAAGUAGCCGAAAACAGUUCCAUGAAUCCUGGCCCUGCAGUCGGUCUUAGUUUGUGCGUAAAAAGCCACAAACGGCUGGCCAUCCGUACGUAAUCCUGUGUUCGCUGAAAUCCCCAUAAGUUGUUAAGUCUUUCUACCGAACGCCCUGUCGUUCGGUAGCUGUAGCACGAUUUCCCGGAGGUAUGGAGGUCUCAGCGCUGUUCGCCUAUCCGAGUGUCCGUUUUUAGUUCCAGACACUCGACGGCAAAACACCGCUGUUCAGGAGUUAAAAUGGCCGCAAACACGUGGAAGUCCCGAAAUGGCGGCCAUGCAUACGGUUCAUAUAGCAUUCGUGCGUUUAUUUGCACGAAAAUCCCCAUAAAGCAGGGAGGUAAAUGAGUCUCAAUUUAGAGUCAGGGUGGCCUGUUAGUUAGUAGCAAGCAUUGGUAUGGGGAAUGCUUGCAAUGUCCCAAACUGAAUAUUAAUCCACAGUCUUCAUAUGUUAGUGAAAUUGUCCUCUUUGUUACAGGCCUCUUUGGUAGGCCGUGUUUUAUGUUAUAUGAUAUUUAUACUGUUUUAUUCUGUUAUAUUGGUAUGGGGUCAUUGCCAGGGGUAUUUAUUUAUGGAGGGAGAUUGGAGUCAAAUAUCUUUAUUGUUUGGCAAUGACCCUAAAAUUUUGCAAAGUUAUUAUGAUAAUUAAUAAAGCUGUGGACUGUAUAUUUCCAACAGAAAAACUGGAGUCUGUGUUUAUUAAAAGAUGUUGGGGAAGGGUUAUGGCACAUGCCGAAUAACGACUGUGCACAUGUCAUGCAAGUUUAACCAUUUCUGCCUAUAUUACUAUUACUUUAAGGCAAAUACUCUAAUCUUGUUGGACACAUUACUAUUAGCUUUCUGCAUAGAGCUAUGUGAUACACAAUUGCAACAGUUACUCUGCAGGCCAUAAGUGGUAUACUUGAUACUUUAUUAUCCACUAUCCUACCAGGAAAUAUCUGUGCCUAAAUGUGUACUAUUAACUUUUGACUCCUUUUGUAUCCCGCUGACUUAGAGAGAUUUUUAUCAUAAUUUUGUAUUAUUUUUUUUACCCCCUUGUUCUACUCUAUAUACGAUUUCUUUCUAUGUAUUUAUCUACAGAAUAUAGCUCAAUACAACCCUUUUUGGGGAUAUUUUAACGCCAAUCAAUAAGUUAUAUAUCAAUAAAUAUAUAAUCAAUAAGUUAUAUUUUAAAGUGCUCACACCACACUAAUUUAUUUUGGUAGUACAAUUACAGGGUUCAAAUCCCUGGACAAAGUGGUGAAGCAAAGUUUCUCACUUGUUGUCAGUUAGUGCUGGACAAGAUAGAUCUCUCUUUUCCGUGGUUAGAAGGUGCGAACAAGGGGACCACAAAAGGUUGGUUUGGUAAAUGAACAGGGGUGUACGGACAAUGUCCUGGACAUAAGCAUUGAGAAAGGGCUGCUGCUCGAAACGUUUGCUGCAUUAACUUUGUCCUCAAAUAAAUUGUGGUAGCACCUGGGUGUGCACACCUAUACUGGAUGCGCAGGACUCGUGUUUGUUUUUUGGUUGUAUAUACACUGUUGGGACUUCAGUGUGGAGUAUCUGCAGCACAGGUCUAAUUUUUUCUUUGUUUAUAUUUUGAAUUUUGUAGGCAUUUUAUGCCUUUACCUGACCCCAUAAAUAUUGACUGCCAGGUGUAAAGGGCGACACCUGAUCGACAGAGAGCUAAAAUGGAGGUGGCUCUCUCUAUACUGACUGCCAGGUGUAAAGGGCGGAGCGUAUAACAAUGAUUGACAGGGAGCUAAGAUGGAGGUGGCUCUCUCUAUACUGACUGCCAGGUGUAGUGGGCGGAGCUUAUAACAAUGAUUGACAGGGAGCUAAGAUGGAAGCGGCUCUCUCUAUACUGACUGCCAGGUGUAAAGGGCGGAGCUUAUAACAAUGAUUGACAGGGAGCUAAAAUGGAGGUGGCUCUCUACUGACUGCCAGGUGUAAAGGGCGGAGCUUAUAACAAUGAUUGACAGGGAGCUAAGAUGGAGGUGGCUCUCUCUAUACUGACUGCUAGGUGUAAAGGGCGGUGUUACGGUACCUCCAGUAAUAAAUGCACAAACCGCCGUUUAGUGAAUGCUCCCCGUUCGCAAUAAUAUGGUCUGGUAGCGUAUGCAGUGUAACCAUGCGAACCGCCAGCUAGGGAACACUCCAAACUCCCGAACGGUACCUGGACGGCUCUUUCCCUUCUCGAGCUCCAAAUGCACGAAUCGCCAAUAGCAGCCGAACGGCAAUAGUUUCCAAGCGGCAAAUAAUUCCAAUAAGCAGUCUCUAGGCGCCGGUAAUAAAAUCCCCGAAUAACGAGACCAAGCUCCGCUUUGAGGGUAAAACAUGAACUGAGUUUACUGUGGGCUACCUGCCCGUAUUUAUGCAGGUCUCCCACUUGGUGGACACUCCCCUAGGGGACCAAAUAGGAGACUGAAAUGACAGAAGGACAUGGGGACAUUCUGGACAUACAUCCCCACAAUAUUCCCAGCAUGCAUCACAGUUUCCUCCCCUCUGCUCGGGAGAUAAUUGAGAAGUAAUUCAAUUAUCUCCCAGAGCAGAGGCAAAUCGACAUUUUAAAUACAAGUUACAAAACACAUUAAAAUACAUAACUUUAUAACUGCCGAACGUAUUACAUUCGUAUAACACAUCCCCAGAUAGCCUGGAUCUGAGUGCAUAUUAUUGGCGAAUAGCGCUCAGAUCCCAUACGCAAAGUUCAAUCGCCAUGGAGUCAAAGUCUAUUACAGUUCUUCGGUAUGCGAUUGACUCCAUGGGAAGGCUAUCUGGGUUAAGUCCAUUCGUGUUAUUAAAUCUCCCGAACGGCCGGUAUUCGUAAGCUUUUGUCGAUUGAGAAGGGGAGGUCGACUGCUUCAGCGGUGUUCGGUUGAAAAAGUGUCAGUUUUUAGUUCCAUGAAAUAAUCGUCGAACACCGCUGGGCUUUCGCAUAGUCAAAAUGGCCGCCGCCUCGUGGUCGACAUAUGAACGGCGACCACCUGGUAUUCGGUUUUAAUUGAGAAGUGUCUGUGGUUAACCGCAACGUUCUAAUUGGGAUCAAUAGGUUAACCAGCAGCACACUUCUCUCCUGGGUGGCUGUCCGUACGGUAGUUCCGUUCGACAAAAAAAAAGACAUUCCCUUAAACAAAGCAUACGAAUGGGGAAAUUCAUGCAAACGGCAAAACAGACAAACACAGCAAUUCUAGUCCAUACAGAUGGGUCUGUCACAGGCGGAGCUUAUAACAAUGAUUAACAGGGAACUAAGAUGGAGGUGGCACUCUCUAUGCUGAUUGCCAGGUGUAAUGGGUGGAGCUUAUUACAAUGAUUGACAGGGAGUUAUGAUGGAGGUGGGUCUCUCUAUGCGGAUUGCCAAGUUAAAGGAGGGAGCUUAGCCAUCUUAGCUCCAUAUCAAUCAUUGUUAAAAGAUGGAGGUGCUCAGUUAUAUGAUAAAGAUGGAGAUUUAUAAAUUUAAUUUAACUUUUCUAUCAUCACACACACAUAUUUGUAAUUAAAAAUAAUAUUAAAACAGCACUCAUCAACUCACAUGGCCUACAUGAUACAUGGCGGGCACUAUACCCAGCCUCAAAAGACUACACGUUCUACUCCAAGGUACAUGAUCAAUACUCCCAGAUAGACAUGUGCUUAGUGGAUGCAAAAUCGUUAGAUACUUUACACAAGGUCUCUAUCGCCAGUUUUUACUACACUCCACCCGGUCCGGGGUCGGGGACAGUGGAGACUAAAUGAAUCACUGAUAGACAAUGUAGAGAGGGCGGCCAAGAUAAGGAGUGCCCAGGCGCACUACUUUGUGGAUAACCACUACGCCGACACAAACAUCACCAUGACAUGGCUUGCCCAUAAGGCGGUCACGCGCGGUCUGCUCAUACGACAAGGGGCUAAACUGAAGCGCCUACUGACAGAUACAAGCAGGACCUUGCUAACCGAUUUAAAGCAGGCAGAAACAAGACACAAGACCUCCCCUACAUACUCCAAUAGGCAGGAGGUACAAAAGAUCAGGGCCACCAUAGAAGCACUACAGAUGCAGCAAGUAGAACGGGCAAUUCGCAAAAUGAAAACCAACUACUAUAGACAGGGAAACAGAGCUGGCAAAAUAUUAGCCUCCCAACUCAGGGAACGGAACUCACAGGUGAAAAUUCCAUACAUCACGGACAACACGGGCACCAAGAUUAGAAACCCCAAGGCAAUAGUAGACGAAUUUGCCCAAUUUUACGCAAGGUUAUAUAACCUAUUUGAGGAUGCCACACAACACCAACACAGCCCCCAAGACAUUGCCACCUUCCUGGAGGGGGUGACUCUCCCCCGGCUCUCCAAUGAACAGGCCAUCGCAUUGACCAACCCAAUUGUAGCCUCCGAGGUAUCCAAAGCUCUACAUGACACACCUAGACACAAAGCCCCAGGUCCAGAUGGCUUCUCCACCCACUACUACAGGGUCUUUGAAGACCAGCUGCUUCCCCACCUCACGGCCUUAUUCAACCAUAUCCUAGAGUCACGUGAUAUACCCCCGGAAAUGUUGGAAGCCACUAUUAUUACGCUCCCCAAACCAGGCAAAACUAGCGACUCGUGCGCUAAUUACUGCCCAAUAUCACUCCUCAACGCUGACACAAAGUUGUUUGCCAAGGUCCUUGUGAACAGAAUCCCUAUAUUAGCUCAAUUAGUCUCCCCGGAACAGUCAGCGUUUGUCCCUGGGCGAAAAGUGGGGGACAACACCAGGCGAGCCCUUGACAUAUUGGAACUCAUGAACAUGGACGGGUCACAGGGCUUGCUGAUGGCCUUAGACGCGGAAAAGGCCUUUGACAGACUCCACUGGGGCUAUAUGACAGAGGUCCUUUGCAGGUUCAACUUCCCGACAAAAUUCCUGACCGGGCUCCUAUCCCUUUACUCGUCCCCCCAAGCCACAGUCAUGAACUCCGGUUUCAUCUCCAGACGAUUCGCCCUAACGAACGGCACACGGCAGGGAUGCCCCCUAUCCCCCCUCAUUUUUAUCCUGGCACUGGAGCCUCUGCUUCAAAAAAUCAAAACUGACCCCAGCAUCACAGGUGCCCCCUCUCCAAUAGGCCCACAGGAACUAUCAGUAUUUGCUGACGACAUUCUUCUCUUCCUAGUGAACCCUUCGGAUUCCCUACCGGCUCUCCUGGACCUAUUAACGGGAAUAUGGCCAAGUCUCUUACUACAAAAAUAAUGUAGCAAAAACACAAGUACUCCCAUUGAACAUGCCCCGAUCCCAACUCACGACCCUACGAACACUCCCUUUGAAUGGAGGACACCAUUUCAUAUCUAGGCACACAACUGGCACCUUCCAAACGGCUCCACAUAAAACAUAACCAUGGGCAUCUCAUAGCAAAAAUAGGGCAGGUGUUGGAGGGCUGGGGAAACAAACACAAACACACAUCCUGGUUGGGGCACAUCAACGCCAUAAAAAUUAUUAUACUACCGCAAUUAUUAUUUCUAUUUAGGGCCCUGCCUAUCAGUUUACCAAACUACACCCUUUGAGCGUUCCAGCGCCUUCUCAAUGCACACAUAUGGAGGAAAAAAACAAGUAGGGUCUCACUAGCGAACAUAAGUGCAGCUAUGGAGGGAGGCGGGGUGGGUGUGCCACACAUAACCAAAUACUACCUAGCAACGAACUUAUCUCAGACGGCGCACCUCCUCCUCGGACUGCCCACUGUGGCACCAACUGGAGAGUGCGGUCUGUGCACCCCACUCCCUUAGAGACCUAGUUUGGAUUCCACCAACCUUCUUACAACAACCAAGCUGUCCCUGCAGCUAUGGCUGCGAUGGGCCCCUAAAAUGCUCAGUGAGAAGGUGGUGACCCUUGCCCCACUAAUGAGUCUCCAGCACCACACACAUGACCUGGCCCUGAGCGGGUGGAUAAAUAGAGGGGUAUUGAGGAUAGCACACCUCUACGGGGCAAACGGGCUGUUGCCGUUCCUGGAUCUCCAGAGGCAGUACCUUCUGCCAAACAGCAAAAUAUUCACGUACUUAAGCAUAAAACACAUAGUAGGGGAUGCCAAUAAGGCAAUGACAACAACAAAAUCUCAAAACCUCUUUGACUUACUAUGCCAAGGUCUAAAAAACCCCAAAAAACCACUCUCCCUGUGUUACCAAAGGUUACUAGACAUAGACAGACCGGCCGAACAAUCAUACAUGCUCAAAUGGGAAAAGGAGCUGAACUGCGAACUCGAACCUGCGAUGUGGGUAGGGGCCAUUACAUUAGUUAAACUGGCGACACGGUGCUUAGACCAUGUAGAAGCAGCCCACAAGAUGUGGAUGCAGUGGUACUACACACCACACAGGCUGGCCCAAAUACACCCAGGGGUACAGGAUAGAUGUUGGCGUUGCAGCCAACAAGCUGGCAAUACGAGCCACAUAUUCUGGUACUGCCCGGCACUUAGCCAAUACUGGCAACAAAUCCAAGACAUAAUCAAAUCCAAAAUAGGAAAACGAAUACCACUCAAGCCUGAACACUAUCUGCUCCACAUGCUACCCCGAGACCUUACAGCCUACGAAGCAGCGCUGAUUACCCACAUCACUUUAGCCGCUAAAACAUGCAUAGCUGCUCUGUGGAAAACUACAACAGUACCUGAUAUAAAGGCAGUACUCGCCAAAGUAAACCUCACCCAACAGUACGAGCAGAUGGCACAUACAAUAGGCGGAACAUGAGAACACUAUAACAGAACCUGGUCUAAAUGGUGAUAUAUGUGGUGAUACCAAUAUGUCUAACUACACCCUAUCAAGCUUUACAGCAAGAGAGCAUCUCUACUACCCCCCCCCCUCCCCUACAUUGCAGCCCUCUCCCAGUCAUCCCCCCCAAGAAAAUAAGGGCUUGUCUUGCUUUACCAAGCCCCAAAAUACGAGAUGAUGAGCAGGGCAAUUAGUUUCAAGCCCACACGACACGAAAAAAAAAAAAAAAUGUAAUGCAUGGCUAGCUGUUAACUAUCCGGCCCAUCCCAAAUGAGAGCGGAGGACUGGGUGCUGCUCCCCAGGUGCCUGAGGGUUACCACCUAGAGGCAUGAUAAAACACCAUAGAGCGUGCCCAACCUACCAGGUACCACAAACGGAUCAUUACUCGCCACUUUUAAGUCAUGAAUGUCAACUAAAACGCAAUAUUGUACCACGUCUACAAGGAUAUAUUAUUCAAUACCGCUGAAAACUGUCAUCACCUUACGUUCUCUGUUUUAUGUACCAAGUGUAGAACGUGCAAUGUCUGUUAAUGUGUCAAUCCAAACCUUUUCAUCUCAAUAAAAAUUAAACAUUUAAAAAAAAUAAUAAUAAUAUUAAACGUCCUGAGUAGUGAUAGUCCCCAUUUAAUGUAUCUAGGUAUAACCACAUUCCAUCCUACUAAAGGAUUAACCCUUCUUUCCUGGCUGUUUUAGGGAGAAGAGGGGGUGAAAGGUGUUCUGCAGAUCCUCACAGAGGAGUUCCGCCUCUCCAUGGCGCUUUCAGGUAAGACACCUCUCCGCUCUCCUUAGUAAAUACGGGAAUAAUCUUGAUGCACAGACACUCAUUCAUUGGCUGGGAGUGGUCAGCUGUCACUCUAAGCAAAUUAAGGAGUGGUGGGACUGGCCUCCGGCUUCUGCAGUUCAUAAACCGUCCUACAAACGGGACGCGGCACUGGCAGGACCAGGUAAGAGGGUAAACCAUUGUAAAAGCUGUGCCCCCUUACUGUCCCCUCGCUGUGUCCCCUUGCAGUCCACUGUUCAUGGCCGUACAGACACCCCACAUUGUGCAUGGAGGGUUCAAUCACUGUGAGACUCAUGGACUGGAGAUACCUGUAAUUGUGUAAUUACAUGUGAGGCGUGAAUCAGUAAGAGAUAUUAUUCCAAAACCUGAUCUAGGUUCUGCUGACCACGCUUCUGUCCGUCCAUAGCUUCUCUGUGUUUUUAUCAUCCCUGAAAUCUGUGCACAAUACAGGGAGCUGAUACAUCUCAGGAGAGCUGGGCCAUGUCUAUUUGAUCCUCGGCUGGUCAUUGGACAAAACCGGAGGCUGUGAUUCUGUCUAUUAUCUACUAAACGCUCCUCUAAACACAGAUACAGCAUCCUGUUCAUAUCUAUAUGAUUCCCCCCUCCACAGCUUAUUUUACUGUGUAUACUCCUUUUGCAUCUCAUAAAUUAUCACAUUUUCCCAAAUGUCAAAUUUACAUAUUUUAUUUUAUUUUAGGCUGUCGAAAUGUCUCUGAAAUCAACCGAAACCUCGUCCAGUUUUCCAAGCUGUAG